GCGUUGGGGGGGGGCGCGACACGGCUCGGGCCCGCCAGUGCCCCAACGGGGCCCUAGUUCCUGUAUGGGUUCUUCUUUCAUUAUUUUUCCUCCGCUUUAAACUGGAAAAUGGCCCACUUCCCACUGGCGAAAACUCAGGAAAUUUGGCAGGACGACCGGGCCUGGUGAAAAAUUUGAUAUUCUGAAGUCGUCCAAACAAUAAAAUGAAAAAUGGCUCCAUAGCGCCCCCUAAGGUGAAAACUCACCUGACGCCUGUACGCUUUGUCAAAAUGACACAAAAUUUGACACACAGGUGUAUCUCAAUAAGGUCUACAAAAAAGUCAGUGCGGGCAUAUCUGUCAAAUGUACUGUUAAAGGGCUAUUUCGCAUUUUUUGGCGAUCUGCACACAUUGGAAUUUCGCUAACUCCUCCGAAGGCUUUCGUUCCACCGGCACCACAUUUGCUCAGGCCAAUCUACACCCCAUGGCCAUUAAAUGUUGUACAAAUCAUGACGCUGCACCCCACGGUUUAGGUUCUAGGGGGCGCCAAAGAUAACCCAAAAAUCCACAGUCUUAAAAGUCUUAUAACUUUUUAUUUUUGUCCUCACUGGCCUCCAUGUUUUCUAGGAUGAUGCAAUGUCCAGCCAUCAACACAUUUGUGAAGGAGUUUUUACUCCCCAAAAGAGCGCCCCCCCAUGGCAGGAGAAAAAAGUCCAUUUUUUCUUGUCCCCUAAGGUGAAAAUACACAUUGUUCAGUGUCACACCUGUACGCUUUGUCAUAUUGACACAAAAUUUGACAAUCACGUGUAUCUCAAUAAGAUCUACGAAAAAGUCAAUGCGCACAUAUCUGUAAAAUGUACGGUUAAAGGGCUAUUUCGCAUUUUUUGCCGAUUCGCACACAUUGGAAUGUAGCUAACUCCUCCUAAGGCUUUCGUCCCACUGACACCAAAUUUUCUCAGGCCAAUCUACACCCCAUGGCCAUUCAAAGUUGUAAAAAUCCUGACGCUGCACUUGACGGUUUACGUUCUAGGGGGUGCCAAAGAUGACCCAAAUAUCCAUAUUCUUAAAAGUCUUAUAACUUUUUAUUUUUGUCCUCACUGGCCUCCAAGUUUUCUAGGAUGAUGCAAUGUCCAGCCAUCAACACAUUUGUGAAGGAGUUUUUUCUCGUUAAAAGAGCUCCCCCCCAUGGCAGGAGAAUAAAGUCAAGUUUUUCCUGUUCAUCACUCAAUGGCUCAAACGCACUGCUCUCUCGGCAAAAGCGAAAGGAGAAGCAAUUUGCCAUUUGGAUAUUUCCUAGCUGUGUUUGUGCCCUCACUCAUGGUCCAGACUUUUUUCAAAUAGGACAUGUAGUUUGUCUGCAGCAAGCGUUUCGGUUGAAACUGCGCCUCCCAUUCAUUAUAAUGGGAAAUGACCAAAGACAGGUGUGCACACUAUCUUUGGACCUUGACUGUGACGUCACAGUUUGACAUUCAAAUGUUAUAUGACCUCUGACCUUUGGUGGAGACGUGAACCUUUCAACCUGCAAAAACGGCGUUUCAAUAGCUCUUACGGCUUUUCUACAAAUACACUUUGUUCUGCUGCUCCUACUGUCUCUUCAGAGCUGCUUCACAGAUCAUCAACGAGUGUGCAUGUGUGUAAUAAUAUAAUCAUUUUUAGUGACAAUGAUUUUUAGUGACAUCAUACAUUUGUUUUUUUCAGCAGAGGCAGCCACCUUAAAUGUUGACGUGUUUUCUGCAGUUGCAUCACAUGGCCACAGGGUGCCAGUGUUGGACUCAUUUUCCAGGGUCUAUUGUUGUUGCUAACAUGUAUUUGUAAAAUCAAACCCCUAUUUUUAUAAUAGAAAAUGUCCUGUGAAGAUUUGUCCACUGUAGUGACUGUUAUAUGUGAAAGGGUUAAUUGUGUAGUGGAAGUGUUUAGUGUUUAUGAUACACACACACAGACACACACACACACACACACACACACACAUACACACACACACACAGAGUCUGUUUUUUAGCACCUGCAAAAACAUGCUAUUUACAUAUUUGACAAGAAUGCAGAGGCUUGCCCCUGAAAAAAAUCUAAUUUCAAACACAACUUGACUGUUCAUUUCUCCAAAAGACAACCAUGAAGCUCCAACCAAACAUGAAGCAGGCAGUUGCUGCAUGUGUACAGUAACCUGAGGGUAGUGAGGUGACUGCUUCUGAGGAGAACAUGAGCAGUGAAGAUUCACCUUGGAGCUAGAACAGGGACGUGCACAUGAUUAUACAGGGGCAGGGGCUCAAGUCUUUUCCAGUCGUUUAUACAAUAUGGAAAAAAAAUUAAUGUGAAAUUAAAAACAAAGUAUUAAUAGAAAGGUAAUGACUGUCCUGUGUAGGUGACAGUGAUAUCCAAUAGGCUAGGCACUCACGAGGCUGGCUGUGGCAAGUGUAAGUGAAAGCAACACGCACUGGCAGGAAGAACAGCAAACACCGAUGAAGGAAAAGGGUCUUUGCAGUGAUGGGCGUCACCAGAGAGGGCGAUGGCCAGAGGACGUGAAUGGGACAGGGAGGCGGUCGCGCUGGGGGCGGCGCGACGCGGCUCGGGCCCGCCAGUGCCCCAACGGGGCCCUAGUUAUUAUUAUUAUUACUAUUAUUAUUAUUAUUAUUAUUAUUGUUUUAACCGGUAACCAUACCAACUCUAAUUCCUAACUGAAUCUCCAAAAAUAAUUGCUCUACAAACAUAUAGUCUAAAAGAUAGACAGCAUAGCGUACCAACUGAGCUGAGUAAUUAAACUUCCUACCCACACAUAUUUUUUACACACAGACUGAGCUCAGAGACUCGACUGGGAACAUGUGACAGGUCGACAUGCGCCGGCCAGUGCAAGCCCUUGAUUAGCCUACCCCAAACCGCCAAGUCAACAGACGAAAGCGGGGGCUAUCACUGUAUCUCUUACCCACACCUACCCCUAACCCUAGCCAAACCCUAACCCUAACCCUAGCCCUAACCCUAGCCCAACCCUAACCCCUAGUUGGGGUUAGGGCUAGGGUUGGGGUUAGGGCUUGUGUUAGUGUUAGGGUUAGGGUUGAGGCUAGGGUUAGUGUUGAGUCUAGGGUUAGGGUAAAGGUUAGGUUUAGGAGAUACAGAAUUGGGGUUUGGGUCAGGGUUAGGAUUAGAAUUAAGGUUAGGGUUAGUGCGAUAAUGUUCUGUAAUAUUGUGUUGGAUGUACAGAGCUGACAGCCUGUGCUUGGCUUGAACGUGUGAUGAUGUUUCCAGCUUUUCUAACGAAUUUGUGGCGAAGGAGGCGGGACUUUCCCCUACCAUCUUAAAAAAAUAUAUUGCUCCUGGUCUCCCCUAAGUACUGAUGAAUGUUACACAGGCACAGCUACCGAAACUCUGAGCCUGUGAGUUUAGUUUCUGGUUUAAUUUUCUCUUAAAAUUGGCUGAGUCUACCACAGGAUCUAAUAUGUGGAUCAAGGACUUAACUUAGCAUGUGCAGAGUGAGUCAGGUGAUUUGUAACUUGUUUCUGAUUGGAGAAAUUGGAAGUGUUACAAUUGACCCGUGUUACAACCAUCCCCGGUCUCCCCUAAGUACUGAUGUAUGUUGCACAGGCACAGUAACCGGAAAUCUGAGCCUGUGAGUUUAGUUCCUAGAGGAAAAAAUAAUCUCGGAUCCACGUGGGAAAGUUGCGGGUGAGUGGCCUGACGUCAUUGAUCAGGUGAUAAAAUGACCAAUCAAAAGAAGCUUAAAUGAGGUUUUUGCGCCAACAUUUACUGGUUGUUAUUUAUCGGUCUAAUUUGGUUGUUUUACUUUUUCCCCCUUGGAUCUCAGAAUGAGUCCACGUUUUUUUUUUUUGGCACGGUGCAGAACCUGUCAUCAAACAUCUGCAGUCUCAUUAUCGCCCACACAGCCUUUUUUUUCUGUCAGAAAUGUCCCAAUUUAAUUCGCGCCUCAUAUGCCAUUAAAAACAGUCGGUCAAGGCCAAAAAUCAGCCCGUGUUUUCUCAACAAUAUACCCCUGUCAUGCAUUUUAAGCUCACACAGACUGCAGGUAUAGUCAACUUCAGGUAGCCCACAUUUUAACAGUUGUGUGUGUGUGUGUGUGUGUGUGUGUGUGUGUGUGUGCUGCAACGACAGAUACUGCAGCGUCGGCAUAAAAUGGAACAACUAAAACGGGGCUCAUUGUAGAGUAAUACCAAAGUUUAGAUGCACAUUUGAAUUUUCAGCGUUUGCAUAUCAAAUUUAUGGAGCCCAUUUUUUUCUUUACACUGUUUCAAAUGCACCCAUCUAUGCCAAUCUCUACUGUACAGAGGAACAGAGGAACCCCCUCCUCAUUCUUCAUCUCCAGGAAUCACAGUCUUCCUCCUCCUCAGGAUUUUGAAGCUUUUGUUAAAUCAAGCAGAGACGCAGACCCGUUUCGAGGGAUAGAGCUCCGUGUUCCCUGCAGCAGAGAGGAGCAGAUUGGGGGUUUUCCCUUUUUCUCAGAAACUGGAGCUCUCUCUCUCUCUCUCUCUCUCUCUCUCUCUCUCUCUCUCUCUCUCUCUCUCUCUCUCUCUCUCUCUCUCUCUUUGUACAGUAGGGGACGUGCCGGCAGUCGCCUACCUCGGCAGGAGACGGUGCACCGGGGUCCGGCUCUCCCUCCACCAGCACGGUGUGGGAUCUUUUUUUUUUCUCCCCCCUCUUGGUGUUGUGUGUUUCUUAAAUUACCGAUCAGAGGAUGUUGGGAGACGAGGGGAUCCUGUUCUCGCGCAGCACGUGCAGCCGGAGCCUCCUCCUGAUCUGGACCCUCGUAGGCUUGAACAUGAUGGUGGAGGUGUCGGGGUCCCAGCCUGGGAUCCCUCUGUCAGUGUGAGUGAGAGGCAACUCUACAACUUUGUUUCACCUGAAUUUGAAUAUUUGAUAUUUUUGAUUUGUUAAUGAUGAGACUUUGCAAAAGCUUUUAAUUUGAAGUAAUUAUAGAGGGUUUGAUUAAUCAUCAGAGAUAAUCAGAGGGAUUUUUGUCACUUCCAUGAAAGGCUUUGGGCUAAAGUAAGUAUUGUUUGUGGAGUUCAGAUUAACUAUAGAUAUGCAUCUGUUAACCCUCCUUUUUCUCCACAUUAUAACUCUACAUUACUGGAAAAGUUAGAGUGCUGUUGCUGGAGAGUAAAAUUGACUGUAGGAGGAAGCAAGCCAAUGAAUGAGUGGGGAUUUUAGCAAAUUAAAAAACUGGAAACACAUCUCAGUAAAUCUUGGAUUGAUCCUUUUUUCUUUAAGUAUAAAAACUUAAUAGAUAAUACAAGAGCAUGCAUUUUUUAACCGAUGAAACAAAUUGUACUUUUCACAAUAAACUAUCUUUAGAGUCUUCACUGUAUAUUCUGCAGGCCUGCAGGUGCCAUCCUGUGAAUGUAAAUACGCAGAUAUAUAGACAAUAAAAGGCUAAUAAUAAGAGGUAUUUCCUUUAAAAUUCAGGAUUUGUAGCAGACGUAAAGAGUGCUUAAAUUAAAAAACUUCAGCUGUGAUUUUUUAAGAUCAUCUCCAUUGUGCAAAUUCAGUUUUAAAACAGAAGUCUGAAAUGUGGAUGCGGAUUUUAAAUGUGAUGCACUAUCAAAAAAAAGUUGUACGCAUUCAGGUGACAAUUCAAGGAUGUUACACACCUCUGAAAAUAGACAUUUACUGUUAAGUUUUUGGUCCCUUUAUUCUGUGUAAAAUCUAAAACAUUAAAAAAUGAAACAAAACUGAAUCUCAGCUCAGAUUUUUUUUAUUUGGAAAAUCCGUUUUGUGGUUACAAAAUUGUUAAGGUAAAGCUGUGAUUAAUUUUUUUUUUCAAGUUGGUACUGCAGAUGCAAAUAAUAAAAUCAACAUGUGCAACUAUUCAAUCACUAGUGUAGUUUUUUAAUCAUUGAAACAGGCCUAGAACAGCAGCUCAGUUUCUGAUUAAAGGUGCUUUUUUUCGCUGCCACAGUCAGCACCCAUUCAAAAAGAGAGAGAGAGGAAGAGAAGAUAGUAAAACUUCAGAACAGAUCAUCAAAAUCACAAUGACUCAUCUAUCAGGGUAGUGAAGGUCAGGGGCGACAGGCCUUCAUGAUAAUCUUUCAACUGAUGGUGUCAGAAAUAAAGCUUGAAAAAUGACGGCUGAGGAGAGAUAAAAGCAGUCAGGGUGAGGAGAGGACAGGACGAUUCAGAGAAGCAGAAGGUGAGAAGAGAUAACAGAUUUAUAUUAAAAUCUGUGACUGAUGCUCAAAUUCAAAUCUCACAUCAUCUCUGAGGAUUGUAAUCUUUCUUUCCAAACCAUAUUUUAAAUCAGAUGAUAACUUUUACGUUUUUUUCUAGAUACAAUUUUAAUCCUGCUUGUUUUGUUUAUAUAUUAUGUGUAUUUUCCAGCAAAUAUACUGACACACAAAAGUCACUCAUCUGGUUCUUUAUUUUUCUAGAGUCAAGCUCUGGGCCUCAGCUUUUGGCGGAGAAAUCAAAUCUAUCUCUGCAAAAUAUUCUGGAUCCCAGCUGCUUCAAAAGGUAGGUUCUUCUCAUUUUUCAGACAUGUAAGUGUGAACAUAAAUGGGGUUUCUCUUCGUCAGAUGGGCCAUGUCGUUACAUACACUGUACGCCGUGAUGCUGCGUUCCCUCUGAUGACUGCAGAAACAUUUCGGCGUCUCAGCUGAAUGCUGAUGCGUCAUUUUAGUUGGGACUCAGGUGUGUUGGGAAGAAAGAGAGCUGUGUGUGCGGUUCCAUCUGUGUGUGUGCGCGUGUGUGUUUUUGUACUUGACACGGCCCAUUACCCACAGCUCUGAUUCUCCUCUCAUCUCUUCAGUUAACUCUCUGGAGUCAAGAGUUUCAACCUCUGGACAUGAAUGCGACAAGGAGACAGAUUGAAUUAGAGGGUGCUCUGUUCCCACGGUGUGUGUGUGUGUGAGUGUGUGUGAGCGGGGGAAGGGUUAUGAAAUGAGGAUGGAGUGAAAGACAGAAAGAACAGUUUGUUUGACUUUCUGACCAUCUGAAGGCAAAGGUGGACUCUGUGUACUGGGGCCUCAUCUCUGCAGAGAUCAGUCAGCGGGAUGGAUGGAGAACUGUCAUACAACAUAAUUUUUUUAGGUGAAAGCAACAUGAAUAUGUGUGACAGGUUACUUACUGUAGACACAUCAAAUUCAUUCUAUUACAUAUUUUGAAAAGAAGCACGUCUUGCUGAAUACAUUCUGUAAAAUUUCAAACAAUCUUUUCUGACACAAGAAGAAAGAGGGGCAUCGAGAAGCAGAUUCAGAGAUAAAAACACAGAAAUCAUAGCGCUCACUGCUCACAGAUUAAGUAAAAUCAACCCUCUUUGACUGUUAUUUAUCUGUUUUCAUUCAUUCGUUACACUUUCCCACAUUAAACUCAAAGUUAUAUGUAUCAUUCACACCAUUUUUUCUGUGUUUUUGAAUAAAUCUGCACCAGAGUGAGAAUGAAAGUUGAACCACAUCACCUAAGCUAUGACCAAAGAAAUUAUGUAUACCCAAAUGAGAUAAAAUCCUAAUGUCGUUUUUUAUCACACCAAAAGCAUGCAUGCUAAGAUUGAUUAGUGCGGUUUUAGCCAAACUAAAUAAGAGCGGUCAAGGAAGGAUUAAAAUCCAAAUACGUAAUAUCUGUAGUUACUGUAUUUACUGCACCAAGUGAAGAAGACCUCUCAGAGCAUAAAAAGGAAAAUCACACUCCAUCAUGGUUAACAAAACUCCAUUAAGCUUCAUUGUUUCAUGUUACUACUUGUGGUAGGUUGUCAGGCUUGUGGUGUUAGAUUGGUUAGAGAGGUGUUCAGUGAUUUUAACAAAGAUUUUAAUACACAGUAUAAAAGAAGAUUCCAUUUAAAGCUUCAAAAACUUCAACGGUAAAGAAACAGCAUUUGUCAUAAUUACAUUUCUGAUAAGUGAAAUUUAUUUCCAGAGCUCUAUCUGUGACAGGAUGGCACAUUCAUAAAAACCUGUCUUUUCCCUCUGUUGGUUACGUUAAAUAAAUUACAGUCAUAGUCAACUCUCUAUUUUUGACCACCCUCUUCCUUUCAGGAGCUGUGGGCAAUCACAGCACCACGUCCGGGGACAAACUCCAGCUCUGAGACCAGUACUCCAAUCAAAGUGAGCAGCAGGAUUAGUCCUAAAACCACUGCGGCCUGUCUGUGGGAGGAAAGCCAAGGACCCAGAGGUCCACGCAAAUACGGAGAGAGCGUCCAGACAGCGAUUAAGAGGCGACUCCAGGCUCCAAACCUCGGACCCUCCUGCACUGAGGUGACAGAUUCUUAAAACAACAUUCAAACAUUUUGUGGAAACCGAGGUUUUGUCCUUCUGUUCGGUACCAAAUAUGCAUUUCAUCUUUUUGCAAUACGCCCUCCGGAUUUGUUCCUUUUUUUCUGUGUAUGUAAGCACUUUGCUCAUGUUCCUGUUCAUGGAGGCAUGUCUGCAGAUCCAGUCAGCACAAAGCAGCGAGCUGUGAGGGAGCUGACGGGUCGUUAGGGGCCGCUCAUUAAGGCUGAUCAUUAGAUGCUUUUAUGGAGAAUUAGCCCAUUUCACAGAGAUUUCAGGAGGAAAAAACAGGCAACACUGGGGCUCUUCAGGGUCUGCAUUGGUCAUUAUUCUGAUCAAUAAUCAUGAUCAGGCCUUUUGAUGGAUGGGGGCUCAACCUCCUCUUGAUGGCUUGAGGAGAGUGAGGAAGAGGAGGGAAGAGAAAGGGGGGGUGGGACUGGGAGUGCUGAGGCGAGGAGGACAGGCGUGAAAUGAACUGUUCUGCUCCACUGCGAGUCCACACUCUUCCUUUCAGUAGGUAAUUUGUCGCCUCAUGUACUGGAGUGUGUGUUUUUUUUGUGUGUGUGUGUGUGUGUGUUGUCCACACACUCUGUUAUGUGCUUGAAUGUUGGGUUUAUGAACGCAGCUUUUGUUUAUUUUUAGAUAAGGUUAAUGGAAGUCUGUGUGUGACGUGGCGUGAGAGUAUCAGCUUUUCUGUGUGACCAUGUGUGUGUGUGUAAGGUGCAGGAUUAUGUAAUGUUGUAUUCCUGUGGGCUGUGGUGGGCUUUGUUCUGUAUCACUGGAGGUCCUGAGCAUCCGGCAGCAUCAGCAUUAUGUGAGGUGUACUUCAUUACCCAGAAUCACCCAGGCCUGACACGUUAUUAUCUUUCUUCUGUGCUUUGACUCCAUUUCAAUUACCCUCUUACCAUGCAUAGCCUUCAGACCAGAGCCCCACCCACCCGGCCACCCAACAAGGCCAUCUCCAGCCAAUCAGAGAGGCAGAGGCAGUGUGUGCAGCCAAUGAACGAGGCAGGAUAAAGACGAUCAAUCAUUGUGUGAUGCAGCAGGGUUUUAUCAGGCGUUCAUCUGAGACCGGCUCCAUGCAGCAUGUCAGCCAACAUGUGAAGCCACAUAAGCCUUGUUUAACAAUUCCCUGCCUCUCUGAAGGCGCCACAGUGAAACAGUAGUGGCCUAAAAUGUUGCAGCACACACACACACACACACACACACACAUAGAUUAUUGUGUGUGUGUGUUAUCAAGAUAGAGAACUUAAGGGGUUAACAUCAACUAAUGAAGUCAGUAUUCUUCUUUUUUUUAUUUGCACAGAUUUUCAGCAAUUUUCUCUGCAAAUGCAAAUGACCUUUUUCCUGGUUAUUUUUAGAAAUAUAAAGAAUUUGAAAAGUCCGUCAGAGUGGAAGAAAUUGAUGGAGUGAAACUGGUCAAAAAUCUGGCGGUGAAGAUGGAGGAAGUGUUCAGCAAAAAGGCAGAGGCCACAAGGGUAGGUAUUACAGCGAACGCCUUCAAAAUACACAUUUAAUCGUCUUGAUUUAUGUAAAGAUUGCAAUCUAUGUGGUUUGUUUUUCCUCAUUUGAAGAGGGUUGUUUUUUUCUAAAGGUUAGGGGUCUUUUAAGUUGGACAUAAACUCAUGAAAACCAAAGAGUUUCCAGGCUGUGAGUUUAGCCCUACAUACAGAGGCUAUAGUUCUCAUUGCAGGGGUCACUGGUUUGAUUUCCAGUCAGAACUCCUUGCUGCAUGAGUCCCCCUCACUCCCCUGUCCCUCUUCAUCUGUCUCUUUAAUAAAGCCAAAUCCCCCUCUUUAAUAAAAGCAGAAGCUAAUGGCAUUAAAGUUGUGUUUUGAUAUUUAAUGGGCCAGAUGUCCAAUGGAAAAAUCUCCUUUUCAGUCUCAAGCAGACCUUAUUGUCAUGCAUCAUGUGAUGGAUUUACAGUCUGAUGUGCUCCAUUACCAGAGCUAAUUCAUCCUGAUUUUAUCAUUUCUAAUCUGGAGUGCAGGGAUGACGAGGAUUUCAGCCAAAUUGAUCUGACAGUGGCUGUAACUUUCAGUAAAAAGAGACAAAGCAAAAUGACCUGGAGGACCUGUCACUCUAUUUAUUGAUUAUAUUAAAAUUCUAACAUAACAUCCAUUAAAAUCUAAAUUCUUUGGUUUGUUUGUUUGUUUUUAAGCAUUUCCAUACAUACAAAAGGCAUUUAACAAAUGUAGCACAGGACAUGACUGAAAGGGAGCAGGUGGAAGACAAAACUUAUUUUAUUUUACCUGCCUCUCACUCAAAACAGAAAUAAACAAUUACAGAAGAUGAUCUGUCCACUUCAGGUCAUUUUCCUUUAACUUAACAAACAAUAUUACAACCACUUAAAAGGAAACAAACAAACAAAAGCAUCAGAACGUAUGCAUCUUACAAAACACCACUCAUCAGCUUCAUCUUUUGUUAUUAUACUUUCUUUAUACUUUUGUUUUAAACUGAAACAUGUUUGUGCAGCGCUCUAAAUUAUUCUGUAGAGAGUUCCACAUUUUAACCCCACCUAUGGAAAUACACAUCUGUCUUAACAGUGUCCGAGCAGAUUAAUGGAGUACAGAAUGGUAAAAUAGGUUUGUCAAGUCAAUGUUUAUUUAUAAAGCAACAGAAAGACAGCAGCCAAACAAAGUGCUGUACAUGGGAUAAAUAAAAUAAGUAAAUAAAUAGAUAGAUAACAAUAAAAAAUAAAAUUAAAAACAGAAUAAAAGCUACAGUGCCUCUGAUUCCAGUGUCAAAAAGUAGGUAUUUAGAAAAGCUUUUACACCCCAAAAGGUCUAAUUUUCCUACAGUCCCUGAAGUAAACACCUGGCCUCACUGAAAAACCUAACAGUAGGACAACCUUCAGAUUUCAAUAAAGUGAAAGGCUGGUCAGAAAUACUUCUCUCACCUUCAUUUCUGUUCAGCCUGUCUGUGACCUCAGAGCAGAGGCGCUUGUAACCAUUUUUAAUGCUGCACCUCGCAGGGACUGCUGGGAAAUGAUAAGGUUUAUCUCCCUCCGCCUGAUCCCAUGUGUGCGACAAUUCAGGACAUGCAGCCUAUAAUAAAUCACACCCACUGGAAAAAAACAAACAAGCUGACUCUUGAUAUUAUGACACCUAGAGACGCGUACAUACAUACAUAUUUUAAUAACAAUAACCAUAAUAAUUAUAGCUUAUAUGUGUAAAAAUGAGGCGCAUAUGUGGCUGUUAUAGUCGCCAAAAUUAUUAGAGGUUAUUUGAACCCGAGGCACAAACGUGGCAAACGCCUAACGUGCUGACGUCAUCAGUCUGCUCCAAAUUAAAGUGUCAAAAUGAGGAAGUGAGUGUCGUAAAAUGGUGAAGGUGAGGUGUCUGAUUUAAUCUGGAGGAAAGUUAUGUCAAAAUGCAUUCACCUCCUAAAUAGAAAAAUACCCGGAUAUUUAUUUGAUCAUAUUUUAUUCACAAUCUGCUGACAACAUUAGAAAAUCUUCCCGGGGUUAAUUGAAUUUGUCCACCUCCUGCCCCGGCGGCACAAAGCCUCGGCGGUGUUUUUUUUUUACAGGGUAGCAUUUAUUUUGACACAGGUGACGGAUGUUAAUUAUACCUGCUCGGCUCCUGGAAGGUGAGAGUGACUGUAACGUUUAGGUGGCAUUUCAGUGGAAACACAAAGCCAAGCACAAACUACAGGAGCGAGUUAUUACUGGAAAUAUGGCUGCUUCCCUCCUGUGCGCCUGUGAAAUCCUCCUCCGAUAACUUUUCCCCCGUCAGACAUUUUAAGGAUAAACUAGUGUCCUGUGUUUAUGCUCCUGUAACAUGGUCGGCUACGGAAGGGAUUUCCGUUCAGAGAGAGCAAAAAGUGCGUUUAAUCCAUCGGAAGUUUGCAAUUUUUCUAAGUUUUAAAAAAUAGAGGGUUGAGGACCUGUAGGGGAGACUGGGGUAAGUCGAUCCAUCGCCUGUUGCUUGGAAAUGGUCAAAGAAAUUAAUCAUGUGACCAAAUAUUUAGGAGAUAGGGAUCAAUUCAUUGAGUCUGUGAAAGUUAGAAGCACAUGGGUGAAGGGGUUAGACAUUUAUUUAAUAAAAAAAAAACAUUUUUCACUCUUGAAAAUGAACUUAGUCUGUCAUAAGUUUUAUUAGAAUUGUGUUCAGACCAAAAAAGAUCAUUUUAAAUUAGUUUUAUACAUCAAUUGUGGAAUGAGCGACAAAAUCCACGCAUAAAAGUCCACCAUUUUAGUUUAGAGGACUAAUAAAGUCAUCAAAGUAGUUCUGGGGUAAGUUGAGAAGUAAAGAAGUCUGAUGAGAGGAUCAGAGUUUCAGUUCAGAUUGUUGAAAUGUUUUACUUUUUCUUUUCAAAAAUACAGCUGUGAAUGUUCUGAGUCACUUAAAGACAUUCUCAUGUUAAAAUGACUUUUUACAAAACAGCUUUUUAGCAGUUAUAUGCAGCAAUAAUAAUAAAAUAUAUAUUGUAAUUGUUGAAUAGCAGGUACAAACACAUGAAUUUGAAGAAGUGACUGUUAUUUAGGGAGAGAGAAGGUGAGGAAGGGCUGAGGUGGAGAGUGGGGGGUAAGAGGGAUAUGUCUCAAUUUACUCCAUACACGGGGUAAGUUGACCACAGGAGACCACUUUUUUUGGCCUGCUAUAUUAUCAUGACAGUUCUGUUUACACUCAUUCUGUUGGUUUGCAGGGAUUAACAACAACUUGAAAUACAUGCAGAUACACUAAUUAGAGACAAAACUAUGAUUGUCUUGAUGUAGUGAUCAGAAAUAUGAAAAAUGGCUCAUCUUACCCCACUCUCUCCUACUAGUGUCCUGCUGUUUGUGCGUUUUAUCCAUCUAAAGUUAGCAAAUUUUUUAAGUAAAAAAAAAACAGGAUUGAGGACCUGUGCGCAAAAAUCACCUCCAAGAAGUAGCGAAGUGAGGACACACUGAAGACCGUUCAGAGAGGUUUUAGAGACAAGAUAAAAUCAAGACAUUAAGAAAUUAUUAUGUUUAUAAAGCAGUGAAAUAGAGUGUUAUAUCUGUGCUCCAGUUAAACCCUGAUUUCCCUCCUAAUAGCGGCUGGUGGAGGCAGCAGAAGAAGCGCACCAUCAGCAUGAGGAAAACCCCGACCUGCAGGUAAGCUUCGACCAGACAGCUCUAAAAAAUGAUUAUAAAAAAGAAGAGAGGCAUAAAUAUCAAAAUGUGGUUAAUUUUGUCAAUAAUGAGACUCAUUGUCCGCCGGACAGUAGCUCCAAGGUGAGAGAGGGCGGACGGGCCCUAAAAGUCUGUGAUUGCCCUGAUAUCGUCCUUCACACCGCUGUCCUGUUCACGCUGCCUCUGAGACAUCAUGUUUCUACGUUAACAAAUGUUGUUCAUAUACCGGAGACUGCAGCGCCGUGCUGCCAUAACUCUUAGAGUGUUUUUUCAGGGUAAUCAUAGCUCAACGCAGCUCUGUGAUGCAGCUGCUGCGCCUCAGGCUGCAGUAGUCUACAGUAUAAGCGGAUAACUGUAAUACAGUAGAAAAACGGAGGUCAAGAUCUAUUACCGGUGAGCCGGCUUUGUACAGGUUUUAAUGCAUGUUUAAAUAUCAUGAUUACGGUAACAUAACAUAAUGGAGCUCAUUUAUCUUGGAGGACAUUUAAGUCGACUGUAUACAGGCUGUUUUUAGGCCAAAUCGAAGACAGAAAUGGUGUCAGAUAUUGGCCUUUUCUUCUACCUGUAAUUGUAUUUUACGCGCGCUCUGUCUUUGUCCAGGGCAUAAUUUAGCGGCUUAUUGCGGAUGUCCUGAGAGUCUGCAGCGGGAAUGCAGUCUCUCUCUCUCUCUCUCUCUCUCUCUCUCUCUCUCUCUCUCUCUCUCUCUCUCUCCGUCCAGUGGACAAAGAUAAAUGAAAGUCUUUUGCGCUGCAUUGUUUCACUUUCGCGACUCUAGAUUGAAAACGCACUGGAGCAACAAAACAGUGAAAUAACGGGCAGCACUUUACACUUAAUAGAAGCAUUUACAUCAUAUGAAUACAUUUCAGCUCCCUUGUUUCCUGCUCGUUUCUCUGCUGUUCACACAGCCACUACAAGACAGCUGGACUAUGAGACCAAAAUAUGACUAUGGCUAUUUUUAACCUAACGAAGUUGAACAUACAUGGACCUGAGAUUUUUGUAGUUAAUGUUGUUUAAUCUGAAAAUGAAUCCUGUUUGUCUUAGGCUGCUAUUCCCAUCAAGCUAAAUAUUGUUAUUUUAUUGUUGUUGGCUUAUUUAUUUGCUGCUAUUGUUGAGAAAAAGGUUAUUAUUGUAGGUAUUUCUCUGAAAGUGAGUGCAAUAUGGACACUAAACCAAUAUCUGAAGGAAAUUGUUUCAACAUCUGUUAUCUUGUAUUGUUGCAUAGUUUUUUUUAUUUAUGCAUUCAUGUAUGUAUCUGACAUAGGACAACAAAUUCCACCAUUAAUAGAUGAUUUUGAUUUCUCUGGAGCAGGAAUCCUGAAAUGAAACAGUAUAAAAAGUUUCUUACAGUCACAAUUUUAUAAAACAUUUGAACUAUAUUUUCUUUAAACGUGACAUGAUUCAAAAAAAUGUAUUUGCUUUCCCUUUAUAUCUUUAAUUUUGCAUUUUGAAGUGAGUUUCAUCCGUUAUCUGAAAACUAAAUGUGACAUUAAAAAUCUUGACACUCUCAGCUCUGUAGUUCCAGCAGUUUUCACACAGUUUGGCCCAUCACACAGACAUUUCAUCUUUAAAGCCAUAAAAUAACGUAAAGGAAAAUUCAAUAUCCACCUGUGAUAAUGAUGUGAUGUCAUCAUAUUAGUCUUUGCGGCAUCAUUUAGCGGCGCUCGCCUCCCCUGACACCGCACAUUUUUCAUGCACCAUUUCACUGACCACAAUGAGAUAAGCCUGCUGCCGCUCUUAUCUGAGCUGCAGUGAUUCACGGACACUCGGCUGGUUUUGCAUUGACCCCCGGUGUGUCUGCAGUUCAAGGGUGUACAGAUCAGGUCUCAAGGAGCCAUAGAAGUUGUAUAAGAGCUCUUGCUUUUAACAUUUUAAGUUAAUGACGGCCUCCUGUACCAAACCCAAAAAUCUGAAUUAUUUGAUAUCUCUCUGGAACCUCAAUCUCAAGAGCUUCAAUGAAGUUUUCUAUUAAAACUUUGUCAUCUCAAAGUUGAAGGCCUCUGUUUCAGCUUGUUGUAAUUCUAUUCAACAGAUUUGUUCACAGAUAUUGUGCUGACUACUCUCUCUCUUGCCAUACAGAAGUAAAAAAAGCUCUUAAAAAAAGUGUCCAAAUUGUAAAAACUCGUUUUCAAAAAAGGUAUUUAUCACAUCAAAUCCAAAUUAAAGUAUAUCACCGUUUUUUCACCAACGCCACGGUCAAAGAAAAUGUUCUCUUCCCCACUCUGCGACACCUGUCACUGGUUUCCUCCCCACAUACAACUGUGAGCUCCCCUGGUGUCACCUCCCCUUACAACAGAAGUUACCAUAAUAAACAAUUAAACAACUCAAACAAGCAAACUUCAAAACAAAUACUUAAUCCAGCUCCUACAGAUAUAAUAAAAUGUAGGAAACAUCAUUUCUAUCUUUAUAAUGAGAAACUAAAACCUUUAAGAGGUUAGAGGAGUUUUCUGAGAUGUUAUUAAUCCUGCGUUUUAAUUGUCUAAAUGGUUUCCUAACAUCAUAAAUAUUUGAAAAACUACAAAACAAGAGUUUAUUCUUUAUGUGUUAAUAUUGACUGAAUCAGAUUUACAGUUACAUUUUAAAUAAGUUCGUCUGGGAUUCAUGACAUCUGGAGAGUAGACAGUGCAGAAUAAAUGAAUUCAGACUUGACGAGGCUGUUAGUUAUGACUCCCAUUAUAGUAGUUCACCAGUUUAACCAUCAGCGUUGAGUGUAAAGCUGACCCGGGCCUCUGCAGACACUGUACUGUGGUUGUACAUUAAGACCCAGCAGAUCUCUGCAGCAGGCCCUCAGCUAACUGCAGUGGUGUAAGAGUCAGCGGGGCGUCUCAGAGCUGCAGUGUCCCCUGGCCUGCUCUACAGUAAUAACCCUGCUGCUUAACGUGCCUCUCUACAGCACAAUCACUUUUUGCUGAGGGUGCAUGUUUCUUUUCUCCCCCUCCCUGCCUCCCCCUCCUUCCUCCCCCCCGGCCUUCUCGCCGCAGCUCGUCAGAGAGCCGCUCAGGCGUGGUAUGAGCUGUCAGCGGCUGCUUGAUGGUGAUGCCCGCACGGCCUCCCCCGAGUGUGAUGCCAUAGAGUCCAUCACCAAUCUCUUCCUCCCUCCUCGCCUCUCUCUCUCUCUCUCUCUCUCUCUCCCUCCCUUCCUCCCUCUCGGUGCAGACAAUCAGGAGCAGAGGCCACAGAGAGGCCGCUCACACGGGAUGAGAUGGUCUUUCUUCUGCAGCAGCAGGCAGUGAAGGACAGGACACACUAACUGUUGGCUUUCACUUCAGGGGGGGCUGAGCUUUUCUCUGGCAGACGUGAAGUCCUCGAGGCACAUCCUGGUCUUUUUUGGUCCUCAGUGACUAAAGUUUAAAAAAAUAAACAGGAAUACUCUGAAAAAUGUUGGUUCACUCUCCGUUAACUGUUUGGGUGAAGCCCAAGUGUCAGAGCAGAUGAAUUACACCCGCCUCAGUGUGUCAAAAUGUUCCCUGUUGAACCUCAAUUUAUCCUUUGUAUAAUUUAGAUUUUGAGAGAAAUGGAUUUAUUUCUGACAAAAAGCUUUUUAACGUCAAAAUCGUUUUAAAAAUGUGAUGCAUGAUGUCUUUAUUGUGAUUAGACGAUAUUUUCCCAUUAACUUUUUACAGGCUUGAUUUUGCACUCUGUCAUAUCACCUAAUGAAGUUUAUAUUCUUUGGGCUUUUAGUGUGUUGAAGCUGCUGUGAGGAGUUAAUUUUUACAUUUUCAAGAAAGACUUCAAUUCAUAUUGGUGUCUUUCCAUGAUAUUUAAAAGCAAACAGGACCAUCAGCAACAAGAUUGAUGUUUUUUGACUGUAGUUUUAUAGUUUUAUACAAUAAAUGCUUGAAGUUUGUUCAACUAGGUAGUAGGGAUGGGCGAUAAAUUAUUGUUCACGAUGAAUCGUCAGAAAAAUCCACCAUGAUAAAUAUUUGCCAUCUCAUGAUAAAUACGAUAAAUGUAAGUCGAUGACGUAAGCGUGAGCGGCGGACUCACAGCCAUCCCCACACAGAGCAGAAUAACAAACAAACAUGGUUGAAGGUGAUAGAGAGGAUGUUUCUGAGCAGCUCGUUACUGAAGGAGGAUCCACAUGAGGGAUUUCCUUCAAGAUCAGGAUUUAGAUGAGAGCAGUCAGGUAUACCUGACAUGGAUCUGCUGCUGUUCACUCUGUACAAUAAGAGUUUUCAACAAAUACUGAAAAUGUUUUCACAUUUAAGACUUUUAUGUUUGAUGUCAUUAGUUUUCUCCAUAUCCUACCACUUUAACUUGUGGUUUAGUAUCUUAUUUGACUACUCCAACUGGUGUUCCCAAGACAGUCAAACACAUAGACUGGAAUUCUCAGGACUUUUAUCGCCAGAAUGGAAAAUCUUAUGGUGUUAAAUUUUUUAACCCAUAUCGUCCAUCCCGACUGGGUAGGUGUUAAAAAGAGCUGCUGGGGAAACUGUUCCAUGGGACGAUAUUUUAUCGUAAGAAUUACUACUACGGCUUGCACAGGACAAGAUAAGCCAAAUCUGCUUUGUCCACAGGGGGCGCUCAAGUUGACACAAACCAAAAGUUCCUCUUGGGAGCUUUAACACAGCACAGGUUAAGAUAGUGCAGGGGUGAGUCAAAUUACUCGUAGAAGAGGCUCUUAUGUCUUCAGAUCUUCUGUCGUGAAGUUUUUCCUCCACAUAACAAAACAGACUGUUGGCUGUAAGAAUGAGAUCAUCUCAACAGUUAUUUUUAACAGCUGCCAACAGUAAAUCAAUUAGAAACAUUCAGACUGAAAGAACUUUAAUUGACAUAGUCCUCAUCAAACGUUCACAGUAAAUUAACUGAGCUGUAAUUAAUUUUAUUCACAGCUGCUUUAAAGGUCCUGUGAGGAAUUUUCAGUCUGUUUUGAUCUUGGCGGACUCGAUGGAUAAAGUCAUUUCUUUUAAUCUGUUUUCUGAUUUUGUUCCUAACAUGGGCAAAAAGUGAGAUGACUUUUUAUCCAAGGUGAUGUCAACCAUAUGGCAUGACAGAUACCCACUCACAGAUUCACUUUUAUGGGUCACGAGAAGAUCCUUUUAAGACUUUACAGACUUCUUCAAACCGGAUGUAAAAUUUACACAGAUUUACAACUUAAAUUAUGUCAGGGAUUAUUAAUCCUAAAUCACAAAAAAGGAGAGUUCAUGGAUUUAAAAAACACUUUCAGUACACACGAGUAGGUCACUUUCACAGGUGUGUUAUUUUAAAAAGUUUUUCAGUUUUUUAUGCUGGAAAAAUAUCUCCAAAGAUGUCAGCGUGUUCACGUCUCUGCAGGUUUUACACUCACUGCGUUCCCCCUUUUUCCUCAGUAUGAGUACUUCAACGCUGUGCUGAUCAAUGAAGUGGACGAAGAGGGAAACAACGUGGAGCUGGGGGGAGAGUUCCUCCUGGAGCCCAAUGAUCAUUUCAAUAACCUGUCUGUCAACCUGAGCCUCAGUGUGGUGCAGGUGCCCACCAACAUGUACAACAAAGGUGAGAGCUCCUCCCGCAGAAAUAUGUGACUGUUAUUUAAUUACUGUGGGCUGAUGUGCUGGGAGGAGAGGAGGAGAGGAGGAGAGGAGGAGGAGGAAAUGAAGUAGUGAAAGUGAGAAAUGGCAGCAGAAGUCGCAUCAGUGUCACGGGCUGGGGGAAGAAGAGGUGUUCUGGGAUCGAUAAAGAGUCCAGACAGAAAGAGAAAGCAGCUGCAGAUCUCUCAGAGAGACGGGGAAGAGUGCGGAGGAGAGGAGCAGGGUGGAGGAUGUUUGUCAUACGCUCGCUGUUCAAAAGCGUCUUGUCUUUUAACGGAGUGUGUCACCUCCCUGUGUGUCACCAAGAGCGCUUUUGUUUGGCUGUAAUAGACUCCCCAUAACUCUGUGCUCAGGGCACAAUGGGACGCUCAUCCAGCAAGAGGUGGAGGGGAGGGGGGGUUCAGUCACAAGCUUUGUAUCGCCCUCAAGGGGGUCAAUCAAGGGUUAGAGGUCAACCAUGCACCGGGAUGAUUACCAUUAUCCCCUUUUAAUUUACUUGUCUCUCGUACUCUCCUGUGUCCUGCUUUUUUCUCCUCCUCUUCUUCAGAUCCCGACAUCGUGAACGGCGUGUACUGGUCCGAGGCUUUAAAUAAAGUCUUUGUUGAUAACUUUGAAAGAGACCCAACCCUCAUCUGGCAGUACUUUGGGAGUGCUAAAGGUUUCUUCAGGCAGUACCCUGGUGAGUGCUGCUGGUCUGUGUCUGUGGUCCCAUUAUGUGUGUGUGUGUGUGUGUGUGUGUGUGUGUGUGUGUGUGAGUGUGUUCAUGUGUGUGUGUGUGGGAAAAGAAAAGCUAAUCCCAAGGGAGCCAUCAGCUGCCAGUGAAAGAGAGAAAAAAAACAGAUCAGAACAAAUGAUUUAGAAUUACUAAAGGGGUGAUUUGGCUAAUGUUGUAAUUUUACAGACCAUCAGAGAGAAUGCAUAUAUACAGGCGGUGAUUAAUCAGAAUUUGUGGGAGUGGGUCUGCGCGGCUGCAGGAUGAAUCAGAGCUGUACAGUGAUGGGAAACAGGCGGUGGGCUCACUGCAGUGCGGGAACAAAGCUGCAGAGAGAAGAUACAGCAGAUGAUAGUGAACAACAGAAAUGGACUCUUGGUAAAAAAAUGUAUAAGAGGCCAUUUAUAAAAAAAAAAACAAUGAUUCCCUCACAGUGUUUGAGAACAUAAACUAAUUAAUUCUCCACUGAAAAACAAUAUUUGGAAAUCACUGAUUUUUCUAAUUAAAUUUUUGUUUUUUUGUUGUACGUUUUUUUUUUAAAAAGUGGAUAAAUAAAAAUGUAGCAACAACAAAAAAAAAACUGCUGGGUUGAAGGUCCGCUUGCAUCUGCGACUCGUUCAUUCAUCAGUCCGGUUUGAGUGUUAAAGGUGAUUUAUCGUUCAAAAGGGAAAAGAAAACAGACUGAUCCAGGUCCAAAAACUUUAGUCUUCAAAUGAAAAAGUGAAACGAUGAAAAUGAAGGUAGAAAAGGAAACAGUCAACAGAAAAUGAUCAGUAUGUACUUAAACCCGUUGUCUUACUACACCUGUCAGAUUUAAAUAACUCGCCUAACAUCCCAAACCACACCCUCAGUGUCGAUCCCUGGAAGUGACGUACUGAGUAGAAAUCAUAUCCUCAACGAAUAUAUUUUGGCUCCUACAAAAAAUCUUAAUAAAAUUAGAUAGAGGGUUAAUUUGUUGUUCAAACUUUGGUUCAAACAGAUGACUCAAAAAUGCAGUUUCUUUUGUUUUAUACAGUGGAACUAAAAAUCUCUGUCCAGGUGGAGGAACCCUGAAAUUUAACAGCUAAAUUACUCAUUUUUGAUACUUUCUGAAUUUUAAAUGCCAAAAAUAUUCUUCAUAUGGAGACAUGAGGCGUUUUUGUAACCUCCCUUACAUUACAAAACAACCACAGUAAGCUCCUUAUGUGUACAGUAAAGAGUUUGAGAUGUACUGACUGUAAAAAUCAGAGCUGAUGUCUGAAAUAACUUUCUGACUCUGGCGUUCUGUCUAUUAUUUCUUUGUCGUACAUCAUGUCUGGUUUUAAAAUAAGCUUUGAGAUUUGAAGUAUCUGAGUUGUUGUUAGUUGUCCCUUCUGGUCCCUUCUUUUCAAAAUGUCAGCGAAACAAAUCUUACAAACUGCAUGUUGCUGAUCCGCCUCAGAGAUGUCGUAUUAUUCCCUUCCUCUUCUUUCAUGUUUGACCGUGAACACAAAUCAGAGUUUGUCUAACAGGUGAUUUUCUUCUGCUCAAUAACAAACCUCCCCUCUGAGUCAGCAGUCCGCCGUCAUUAAACUGGCGUCAAACGAUGGUUAAACUCUAGCUACUGGCAGCGGUGCAUGGUACAAAACUGGGCAUGAAAUAUUCGCCUUAGGGAAAGUAUUGGCAGGAACCAACGUCCAACCCAUCCAUCAUUAUUCAUCGCUGACCAUUGUUGUUUUUUCUUCUUUGUGUAUAUUUCCUCUGUCAGUGUGCUUCUCUGUUUUGACUGUAAACUGUUGUGUUUUCCUUCAUUGAUCGACCACCAACUUCAAGGAGUGAAAUGGCAUCCAGAUGAACAUGGCGUCAUUGGGUUCGACUGUAGAAACAGGAAGUGGUAAGCUCACAAGCUCAUGUCGCUGCCUUCCCUUCAAAUGUUUAUUUUCUGUAUUAAAGCGUUUGAUUUCUCGCCGUAUCUCAGGUACAUCCAGGCAGCUACGUCUCCCAAAGAUGUGGUAAUCUUAGUGGACGUCAGUGGAAGCAUGAAAGGACUGAGGUUGACCAUCGCCAGGCAGACUGUCUCCUCGAUUCUGGACACUCUGGGAGACGACGACUUCUUCAACAUCAUUGCAGUGAGCGUCAUGUUCAUGUUCUGCUGUGUUCAUGCAUGUAUUUUAGUAUCUAUAGUGAGGUAUUUUAGGUAACUGGACCUCCAUUAUCAAGUGAACUGAUGAUUUACUUCAUAUUGUUAAUAUUUCUCAGUAUAACCAGGAGAUUCACUAUGUGGAGCCUUGUUUGAACGGCACGCUGGUCAGAGCCGACAGAACAAAUAAAGACGUAAGUUACGGUCAGACUGAUAUUUGUAGAUCCUACUAGGUUUUAAUUUGUACAAUCAAAAUUUAAAACCUCUCUUUUUCUGCCACUUUAUUUUAUUUUCAUCCUCUGCCAGCAUUUCCGGGAACAUCUGGACAAGCUGUUUGCUAAAGGGAUUGGGCUGCUGGGUGACGCUCUUGCAGAGGCGUUCACAAUCCUCAGCGAUGUAAGUUCAGGAACUUCUGACCCUUUUGCAUGACCGUCUGCUGGGAUGUGAUGCAAACACAAACUCAGUUGGUUCUCCGCUGAAAUUACGGAUCAUAAUUCACAUCCUCUGAUUUUUUUUUCUUCUGUCAGCUCAAUAUGUGACAAACCUUUUCAGUAUUCAUGAGUUUCCACAAAAGGACUCGUAUAUUUAUUGAUUUAUUUGACGUAAAAAUAAUGAAUCUGUGCAUGCGUUUGUUUUAUUGAAUUGAUGGACUCCACUUGACCAGAACAUUAGGAAAACUUUUAUUUUACAAGCCACAUUCAUUCCCAGUGACAGGAAGUGUUCGCGUACGACACUCUGCACGUCCUCGGCUAAUCAUAAUAAAAGUAACACACUGCAGUCGGAUGUAUGUGAGCAUUUGGGAGGUGUGUCGAAACGCUCCAGUGCUAUCCCUGUUCCGCCCUCCAAACACAGACACAUCUAUUCUGAAGCAUGAUGAAUGGCUCUAAUUAAUGUCAAUGAUUAAUAACGGGGGCUGAUUGGAACACAGAGCAGAUAAGAGCAGGAGCCGAGCAGCACUGCUUUUAUCUCUCGCUUUUCAGGCGAGCCGCGGCUGCGCUGCAGAAGCUGAGGGAGCGCCGCACUUACCUCUGCAUUUGUCAGAUUAAUUAAAGCCCUGCAAUGAAUAUGGUAAUCAGGUAGCCGGUCGCUGAAAUGUGUUGUUACACCACUGCCCAGUGAGUGAAGUGAGAAUAUAGACUAUCAAAGAGCGAUCAGAGAUAAUCACUUAGGAGCACUGCAGCAUUUUGACUCUCUGCUGCUGAACAAAGAGGGAAAAACGUCUCCUCCUGGUGCAGACGGAUGAUGUGAACACUGAAGGUACCAUGAAAAUGUCCCACCACAAAACACUCAUAUAUAUAAAAUCCUUUCUGGACGACUCCAAAACAAGAUGAUUGAUUUAUCUCCCAAACAAACAGGAUCUGGCGUUGAUCAGAUUACAAUUACACAGCGAUCAAUUUUAUUGAUUUUUGUCUUUUGUCAUUAACAUUUGUAUCAAGCUGUUUUAAGCACAGUGUGAUAAUACAUACUUACAGAAAAACACAGCAGGACUGAAAGGUCCGUGACUUUCAUAGUUAGAUAAUGAUGUAAAAUGAAGCUGUUAUAAAAAGAUAUUUAUGUGAAGUUCGGAUAAACAUCAAUUUUUCUGAUCUUAGUUACGUUGGUACGGACAGACAGGAAGGGUAUGUACUAUGGAGACGUUAAAACAUCGCACAAAAAAAGUAAAAAUAACAGCUAACUUUGUCUGUAGAUUAAGGCAAAUAAAUGCAAAAGUGUAAAUAACGAUAAAUGCUUUCAGCUGCUUUCAUUUCAGGGUCAUGUCUUGUGUCACACUUAAAAACUGUGGCAUGGUCUGAGCUUUUCUUUCAUGACUGGUCUCAAUAUUUUCUCCUUCAGAAGUUUAAUGAACAUUUUAUCACAAUCAUAUCUUGGAGUUUAUCAUCUUGACACUUUUAACUCCUGGUAAUUCUGCGUGCAGCUGGACUAAAAAUGACUUUAACUAUUUUUUAAAGUCUAAAUCUCGAGGGAUGCUGACUAUUAUGCACAUUUCCUUUUUGCUGUCAUUUAUCACCCUCAAAAUUACUGCAGAUCACCGGUAAAGACACAUUUUUAGGCGGCAGCUGAUUCGAUAUCAAGAGCAGAUAAUGUUAUUUGCUAUUUUUGAUUGUGACAUACAUCUAAAAGACAUUAAUUACAGUAUAAGUUCUCAUUAAAAACAAUUGCAGUCUUUGGCAGAAUAAGUUCAAGUGUAUAUGUGAGGGAGAAAGUCCUGCAGACCUGCUGAUGUUCAGUCUGUGUGAAUAGAGAGCAGCUCAGCAGGUUUUCUCCUCUGACCGUGUCUCUUUUUCUCCACAUUCAUUCUGUCACUGGUCAAUAAAACACUUAAUUCCUGCCAUGCAUCUUCUGGCCCAGAAUAAAACAGCUCACUCUUCUGAGCAUUUACCAAGACAUUUUUUUUUGUACUUUAUUGACUGAUGAGAACACAGCAGCAGUAUCAGACAUCAUCAUCAUCAUCAUGCAGUGUGGGGAUACAGAGAGUUGUUUGUUUCUUUUAGGUUGUUGUUUAGAAAAGGUUUGUUUAUUUUCUUGUAAUUAACACCCUGAUUAGUUUUUUUCUCUUUCUGCAGUUUAAUCAAACUGGACAUGGCAGCGUGUGCAGCCAGGCUAUCAUGCUGGUGACUGACGGAGCGACUCAAAUGUACGAUGAUGUUUUUGAGAAGUACAACUGGCCGGAAAGAAAGGUGAGUUCCCCCCUCUCUGCUCUCUCUCUCUUUGUUUUCUCAUGUCUUGUAUGAUUUUUCAAGGUUUUCUGCUCACUCAGCACUUUAUUCCAGCGGUGACAGACGCACCUUUUAAUAGAGAGUUUGGCGUUAAAGAAAAUAAUUAUUUUUCUUCAUGACAUUCUCAUAACUCUGCAAUACAAUCAGUGUUUGUGUGAUGCAGUGUUGACACGUAACAGAGGAAUAUUCUCCCCUGAGAGGAAUAAACAUGGAAAAUUAACCGCGUUCAAGGGCAAGAAUGAAGUAUGUACAUGCAGCUCAGUCUCAAAGUGCCUCAUCUUUGACCCCCACGCCUGCUCUUCUCUCUACACACCUCUUCCCUGGCUGUUUAAAUUCUUUUGUGAGCCCCCCCCCCCCCCCUUUUGUAAAACCCGAAUGAAAGAGAAAUUAAAUGGACUGCUGUGCCACUCACAGAGCCAUAAAAACAACAGCUCAGGGGCUUUUGUUCAGUCCUAUCAAGCAUAUGUGUGUUGGCGGUGUUUGGCAGGGUACAGGCCAGUAUUUGGAGAGCCACCCCCAACCCCGCUCCCCUCAACCCCCUCCUCGUACACCCUCAAGGCUGCUAUAUGGCAGCCAUUCAGUGUUUUUCCUAUAUGCUUUAUGCUUAGCAAAGCAUCUGGAGCCAAUGAGCCGUGCACGUUUGGCAAAGUGUCACACAGCGUUCUUUAAAAGGACAGAGGAAUAUGCCCUCGUGCACAACCCCCAACAAAGAAAAUUAAUUUAACUGCUGAACGCAAACUGGAAUCAAAUCUGAAACUUCCAGUCAAAGAAAAAAGAAACUGACAAAGAUGGAAAGACAAAAAGGUGGAGACUGAAAAGAAAGAGCAGGAAGAAGAAGAAGCAGCAGCUCCAUGUUUCCUCAUGAGGAUGUAAAAACAUGCAGCGACUUCUUGCAGAUAGAAUCAGGACAGGAAGAUAAAGUACGGAGGAGUCGCAUCACUUUGCAUGUUUUUAAUCCCUCCAUCUUUAAGGCGACAUCUUUGUGUCCUCUGCACAGGUGCGGAUAUUCCCUUACCUGAUUGGACGAGAGUCUGCAUUCGCUGAUAACCUCAAAUGGAUGGCUUGUGCCAACAAAGGUUUGUGACUUUUUGAUAAACACUCCCGAAGACGACUCUGUGUCAGCGUCUGAUAUGAAGUGACGCUGUUUCUGCGCAGUAAUGUGAUAGGUGGAGGAUGUGUGUGUGUGUGUGUGUGUGUGUGUGUGCGCUGUAUGUGUUUCCAUGUGUGUACGCUGGCUCAGAUUCCCUCUGCCAGAAGGCAAUGAAGUGGCACUUGAGGGGGGUCAGAGGUCAAUCUGCUCUAAUCCUUCUUCCUGUCAGAGUGUCUUCCCCUCGGCUGCUCAUUGCUGAUGGCUCCCACGUGUCAGCGCUCCGCAUCAGUGCCCUCUGGAAGGGAAAGUCACAGACAGGAAAACAGAUCACAGGGGGGACUGUGUGGGGACGAGCCCCAAACAUCCUCCCCCAUCGUCCCCCACUGUGUGGUAACCUUACAUGUCCAAUAUGAAGAAAUGUCGGACACAGCUGGAGCUGACAGUCACUCAAAUGGCUCCUCUGUCACUUUCUAAUGGAAAGUACAAUAGUGAAAAUACCGUACUUUUACUUAUCUGGAGUUUUUCUCUGUUAGGUUAUUUCGGACGUCAACAUUCCUGGAUAGAGAUUCACUUCUAGUCUCUUUUAAAUCACAUUCAUGGUUUAUUGUGUAGAUUAACAUUAACAGUUAUCCCACGUGCCCCAUGUUCAGAGGCUUUAGUCCUUGAAGUUGGAUUACUAACCCAUGACCCAUUACAUUUGUCCUGUCUCUGAAUAAACCAGCCCAAAAUUAAGAUUAAAAAGUGUGAUGUUGCACCUUUUGGGAAACAUUUAAAAACAAUGAAAAGAUUACGCUGUAAAAAUUAAGCUGUAAUAUAUUUGCACACAUUGAAUAUUAUAGUUUUGAGUGAGAUUGAAUGACCUGAAAUUAAAAUUUAAUUUUAAAAUAAACUCUUAUUUUCUGACAGGGAAGUUGAUCAAGUCCAUGAAGUGACCAUAUUUAACCAGCAUGUUUCUACAGUAGCCCAGAGGAGACAAAACACUGGCCUCUAGAGAAAACAAAUCAUUAAAAUGUUUGGCGCAGCUCUUUUCUUAUACCUAUUUCAAAUACAGACACAUAGUUUCCCUAUUAUUGAGCCACAGUCACCCCCAUGUUUUCAGUCACACAGACAGGGUUCGGUUUGGCUUUUGUGGGUGAUGAUGGAUGAGCUGAAUUUAAACAUCUUCACUAUGAAGUCUGAGCUCCAUGUUCUGUAUGAAUCUGAAAGUAAAUGUUACACUGCUAAUUUUAUCACUCCAAACAUCCACCAGAUGUUUGACAGGAAGAAAACAAACCUGAACCUAUCACUGCUCAGUUGUCUGGUGUCUCUCUCAUGUACACACACACACACACACACAAACACACACAUUUAUAUACACAACAGAGCCAACAUUAACACCUCAUGAGACAAGUUGUAUUUAGUUAGUAUCUGACAACCCACAUUAUGAAUAUGGUGAGUCACUUUAGUUUGUCAUCAUAGUCUGUAUAUAGAAUGGACGCCGUCUGCCUCCUUGCUGGGUGGCGCCACCCCGAGAACAGCACCCUCUGGUGACGGGCUGCAGUAUAGGUCAUAAAUCCUGCAUCCUCCAGCCAUCCUUAUGGAGCUGUGGACAAACUUCAGAAAUAUUUUACACAGAACAUGAUUUAUUUCCCCCCUGCCUGUGGUGGAGUGCGUAUAAUGCUACUGCGUGAAAUCUGUAUUCUGGCGGAAGGCGGAACCAAGUUGUCCUCAGAUUUACAGUCUAUGGUUGUGAUACAAGUUUGGAAAUCCCAACUUGACUAAGAGUUGCACCCUGGUCCUUUCAAAGGGACAGUUCCUUUUUUAAGUGUAGUUGUAUAAAGUACUUGUCUAUUGUAAGUGUGUAAUCCACAGGGGGUCUGGGUCAGCUUUGUGGAGAAACCAGCUGAAUAAAAAAUCAUAGUAUUUAAGGGUAGUAGUGAAAAGGCAGAUUGACAUCCAUCAGAGACUUGAACAGCUGAUCAGUGCACUGUUUUUAAAGUGUUAUUUUCAGACUUUAGUGCUUUUAUUCGGAGAGGACAGGACAGUGGAAAGAGCAGGUAGGAAAGAGGCCUCAGGCUGGAAGCAAACCCGAGCUGCUCUUGUGGGGUAAAACCUCUAUUUGGGACGUACACUUGAACCGGAAAACCAAAUGGAGGCAUUUCUCAAUAGGGCAUUAGACAUUAGUAUUAAACUAGUUAAGUUAUGUAGCAUAGCUGUCCUUAUCUGCAGUGAUUCAGAGCCUAGCUUCUGUUUCAGUUCUCCAGCUGCUUACUCAGUAAAAGCGCAGAGCUAACCGGCAUCUCCUGAGGGUAACACCAUCACUGUUCACAAGGACCUCAUACGACCUCACUAAAAAGACAAAAAACAGUGGACUGUCCCUUUAAAGCAACUGAAAAACGUUUCAUUCGGAAUAAUGAAGUUGUUGAAGUCGCUGUUACAAACCAUUGGCUCUAUUAAAAUGCAUCCAUUAAAAACCUGCCAUAAGAGGAAGUGCUGACUCGUCAUUAGCCGCCACCAUCUCGCCGUGUCGAUGAAUUAGUCACCAAAGCAGAAAUUUUUUCCACCCCCUCUCUUUUGAAAAACGUGCACGCUGGGCUUCAUUGUUGUGUGUGUGUUAAAUUUCAGGAUAUUUCAGUCAGAUCUCCACGUUAGCAGACGUCCAAGAGAACGUGAUGAGGUAUCUUCAUGUCAUGAGCCGCCCAAAGGUUAUCGAUCACGAACAUGACACAGUGUGGACUGAAGCUUAUGUGGACAGUGCAGUAAGUAUAUCCUCUCAUCAUUGUCUGAAUUAGGGGUGGGAAUCAUGAGUGGCCCUAUGGUACGAUAUUAUCACGAUACUUGGGCCACGAUAUUAUUGCGAAUUUUAACAUCAUACAAUACAGUGAAUAUUGCGGUCCAAUAUAUUGCGAAUUGUUAAAUUUUUCAACUGUUUUUGCAUUUGUCUUUCCUUUAUGUUUGUCUUAUUUACACUGUAUUUUAUUUUCAUGUUGACCUGCACAUCUUGCAAACCUUAUAUAUAUUUGUUGCAGUAACUUUCUCCUGCUCUAUGACGUCACCUCUGCCAACCUCACUGGACAAACAAUGAUUUUAUUUUUCCAUUAUCAUAGAUUUGACUUCAUAUUAGAAAUUAAUUUGAAAAAUCGAUACUUGAUCAGUGAGAAGAUACGAUGUAUCACCAGACAAAAUAUCACGAUACUUUGCUGUAUCGAUUUUUUUCUUUCACCUCGAUUCUGAAUUAAUAUUCCUUAUACUCGGUUCACAUUUACACACGACUGUUUGUCUGUAGACAGAGACACUUCCCCUGAAAAGUCUUUGAUUGAUUUGCUCGUAUUACAUAAUAUUGUAAGACGCUCAUGUAUUUCUGUCCAUCACUGUUGCGUACAGUAAAUCUGUGUACAUCGGUGUGUUCUGUCUCAGCAUCCUCAUUCUUCAUGCUUCUGCAAAUAUCCCUUAUUAUGAGCUUCAUUAAUCCGCAUGGAUCCUCCUCCUGAUGCACAUCUGUGUCCACAAAGUCAAUGCUCAGAGCCGCCAAUACACGAAGGCUCCAAUUCAUUCACUUUAUUUAUGUUUCUCUUACUGUGUUACAGCUUUCUAUGGCUCAUAAGGUAAAUAUCUGUACCUGGAUUCAUCUUUUUCCUGCUUUCAGGUUGAAACUAAUGUUUAUAAAAUGAAAUGUAUUUGCUGUGUUUCUAUUAGAGAACCUAAAACUUGAUUCAGAGAGGAGAUCGUGGACAAGUGAUGCAAGAGGUCCACAAGGACUCUGCGUAUUUGAGCUAAAUUGUGUGAAUUUGAAGUGACUUGAGAGGUUAAACGGCAGCUUAUUGUCUCCACUCACAUUAUGCUUUACUGGUUCCUUGGAAGUCUAAAGUGAGGAGAAGCUAUUCUCUCUGAGGAGCAGCAGCAGUAGAGGAGCAUUUAUUAUACUUCUCCUCAGUAUGGAGACAAUGAACGCACACACACACACACACACACACUCGUACGCACACAGAAGGGUUGUGAGAUUGUCCUCUGGAGUGUGUGCUUGUAUCUGAGCCUCAGACACACCAUUCAUCAUUCUGUGGAUCAUUGCAUUUUAUCUCCUAAAGCCCGUAAUAAAACUGACAUUGGAGUGGAGACCAAGGCAGAGGAGGAGAGAACGAAGGGAAGGAGGGAGAGAUGGAGGGAGAGGUGGUUAGGCGUCCAUGGGUAUCUCUGUGUGUGCAUGGGGAGGGGUUUGCGUAGACUCGAGCAGACCAGUUUCCUCCUCCAUUGUGUGCAGUGAUGAAUUUAAGGACCCAACAUUCCUCAUGUUGUCAAGUCAGCCGCUACACACUGCAGCUCACCCCUCUCAUGCACAUACACAAAUGGACAUUACAGACACACACAACACACACACACAGGCACUCAGCUGUGUUGACUGACGAGGUGAGGGAAUAGCAGACCUACUUUAGGAGCGCUCAUGUGCUUAAUUAUGUCAGCGCUCAUCCCGUAGUCCUGACCUCAUCUCCUCCUCUGAGCCCGGCGUGAGAACCACGCGGUUGAGUUUUAUGACACAGGGCGCUGCUUGAUUCUGCGGACGUUUCUGCUUCUUUUAAGUGCCAGUUAUCAAUAAGUAUAAAAAGAAAGACUUAAAUAGUAUCUCUUAAACCCUAGGAUUGAAGAGUGGUUCAAAGAGAUCAAAUAAAAUGUGUUUUCAGGACAAGUUUGAAGGCUUUUAUGUGUUCAGUAUCCAACUUUGGGUUAGCAGUUUAGUCCUCAAGCUCUUGUUCCUCUGAAUAACAAGAGCGCCCUAGAUAUCUGUCUGAAAAUGGACAUUAAAUAUGUCAAUCAGUUUUAGUCACUGUUGGUUAAAAAGAAAAUCUGCUGAUUCCUUCCUUUGCUAUUACUCCAAGAGACACUGGAUAGAAUCAGAAAAUGGAGGGAAGGAGUGGGGAUCAUAGACUGUAUACAGAAUAUAGUACAGAAUAUAGUAUAGUAUAGUAUAGUAUAGUAUAGAAAAGUAUUGUAUUGUAUUGCAUUGUAUUGUACAUACAGUCUAUGGUGGGGAAAGGUGGUGGGUCAGAAUCAAACUUGGUCUCUUGCUCCCAGGACUCUCAUCUGUGUGUAAUUUUAACUUCUAAGUCAAACUGUGACACUUUAUAUUUGUGUUUAGAUCUCACAGGUUUAGUUCAAAAAAGUUUUUCAUUUUUUUUCCCACUUUUUUACUUUUGACUGUUAACCUGCUUAAAAAAUUGGACCAACCCUCUUUGAGUUUGAUGAUCUAAAAGUUAAAUUGGAAUUAUAUUAAAAGAAAUUCUCUGUUUGUUUUUCUUUUGUAGUUGAAAGACAAAUCAGGCCCGAGUCUGAUGACCACUGUGGCCAUGCCUGUUUUCAGCACAAAGAAUGAAACGGUGAGUGUGUGACAGCGGUGGAAGGACACACACAUGUUUGCUUUUUAAAACCAUUUUAUUAAACAUGACCUUAAAUAAUCAGAAACAGAUUAAAUAGUCCUCAAAACUGCUUUUGGUAGGACUUUGAAUCCAGGACUGUUACUUUCAGUUUUUACACACCUGAGCACUUCCUCCAGAUCUGUUGAGUGACUGAAUAUUUAUGCAGUUUUCAUCUAAAGUUGUGUACUUGUGUUUUGAACCCUCUCAUGCAGAAGAACCAGGGUAUUCUGUUGGGGGUCGUAGGAACAGACAUCCCUCUGCAGGAGCUGAUGAAGCUCAUUCCCAAACAUAUGGUAGAAUCAGCUGUUCUCGCCCUUUUUUCCUUUUUUUGCUGCACAUAAAUUAAGUUUUAAAUAUGCACUUUUGAAAAAUGUCUCCUUUUUGUUUCUGAUUUGUGACUUUAGUUAGGAAUCCACGGGUACGCAUUCGCGAUCACAAACAACGGCUACAUCCUGAUACACCCGGACCUGCGACCUUUGGUAAUUGCAUCUGCUGAUGUUAUUUUUGUGUCACAGCAUUCCCAGACUUUACCCUGAUUUUCUCCUCUUUUGUUUUUGUUCUUGUAACUGAAUGCAUAAUGAAAAAGACGAAGUGAAAGCCUCUGUUAACAAAGGCACACAGAGACAAAUGUGUAAUCUGGUUAGGAGGCUGAAUGGGCUGGUAUAGUCUGUAAUCCCCACCUUCUCCUUUGAUGUAUGCAUGCAGGGAUAAAGGCCACUCAUAGGGCUGGCCGUCCUGAGGUUUCCCUGAGGUAACUUAACACUCGCUGGCAGAGAGCACAGCCGCCUGCACUGGGAACUCUGGUUCCUCAGGAGCUCUGGCUGUGCUAGUGGAUCUGUGUGUGCCGGUGUUAGUGCCAUUCCUCUCUGUGCAACCGUGUAUGUGUGUUGGUCUUUGUGGGUAUCUUUGUGAGUGUCUUUCUGUGGCUCAAACUGUGCUGUGGUUGUAGUCGGUGAUUGUCAUUUCUUGUGGACCAGAUGACGUACAGUAGACGAGUUUGACAUGUAUCGUUAAAUGCUCUGAUGUAGACUUGUUUGAGCGUGGAUUUUCUAUCAAUCAUGUAAAUUAUUUUUAAUUUACCUGACAGUGUUAAUUUCACGGACGAUUUGGUGAAUAAUUACGCAGCAGAACCUUUUAAAAAAGGCUUGAUAAAUCAGAGCAUACAGCAAGUCUUUGUCUUAACGCUACAGACUGAACAAAGCCAAGCUUUCCUAAAUAAAUUCACUUCCAUCUCAAAACGAUGUUGAUGUAGCAGCUCAAAGUAGACUGGCAGGCAUAAACAACGUUUUUGUUGAAUGAUUUUUCAAAAUAAAACAUCACUGCACAUAAAGUGUGAUCAUUAAACUGUGUAUACUGUAUUCCUCUGUGCAGUAUCAGGAUGGUCAGAAGAAGAGGAGGAAACCCAACUACAGCAGUGUGGAUCUUUCAGAGGUGGAGUGGGAAGACAAAGAUGAUAUUGUAAGUGUUAAACAGUCAAAACAAAAAAUCAUGCUGACUCAACAAAGUGUCUAAAUAAAUCUGAAAAGUCCUUUUUAUGGACGAUACAAUCUUUGAACCUAUCAGCUAUUAUCUGACGGCAAUGUAUGCCUCAGUGAAAGACUGAUAAACGACUUCCAGCCAAGACAUGCUGUGAACAAUGUUGUUAACAGCCUAACGAGUAACUUCAAAAAAAAAACAAAAAACAACUAGGGCCCCGUUGGGGCACUGGCGGGCCCGAGCCGUGUCGCGCUGCCCCCCCCAACGCGCUGCCUCCCCGUCCCAUUCGCGUCCUCUGGCCAUCGUCCUCUCUGGUAACGCCCAUCACUGCAAAGACCCUUUCCUUCAUCGGCGUUUGCUGUUCUUCCUGCCAGUGUGUGUUGCUUUCACUUACACUUGCCACAGCCAGCCUCGUGAGUGCCUAGCCUAUUGGAUAUCACUGUCAUCUACACAGGACAGUCAUUACCUUUCUAUUAAUACUUUGUUUUUUAAUUUCACAUUAAUUUCCAUAUUGUAUAAAUGACUGGAAAAAACUUGAGCCCCUGCCCCUGUAUAAUCAUGUGCACGUCCCUGUUCUAGCUCCAAGGUGAAUCUUCACUGCUCAUGUUCUCCUCAGAAAUAGUCACCUCACUCCCCUCAGGUUACUGUACACAUGCACCAACUAUCUGCUUCAGGUUUGGAUGGAGCUUCAUGGUUGUCUUUUGGAGAAAUGAACAGUCAAGUUGUGUUUGAAAUUUGAUUUUUUUCAGGGGCAAAAGGAAGCCUCUGCAUUCUUGUCAAAUAUGUAAACAGCAUGUUUUUGCAGGUGCUAAAAAACAGACUCUGAGUGUGUGUGUGUGUGUGUGUGUGUGUGUGUGUGUGUGUGUGUGUGUGUUGGCGUGUGUGUAUAUGUGUGUGUAUCCUGCAGUACUCUGUACUCCUGCAGUGGCCAAAAAGACUUUUAAGAAUGUGGAUUUUUGGGUCAUCUUUGGCGCCCCCUAGAACUGCAGUACUCUGUACUCCUGCAGUGGCCAAAAUGACUUUUAAGAAUGUGGAUUUUUGGGUCAUCUUUGGCGCCCCCUAGAACGUAAACCGUGGGGUGCAGCGUCAUGAUUUUUACAACUUUGAAUGGGCAUGGGGUGUAGAUUGCCCUGAGCAAAUUUGGUAUCAGUGGGACGAAAGCCUUAGGAGGAGAUAGCCACAUUCCAAUGUGUGCGAAUCGGCAAAAAAUGCGAAAUAGCCCUUUAACCGUACAUUAUACAGAUACGCGCUCUUUGACUUUUUCGUAGAUCUAAUUGAGAUACACAUGAUUGUCAAUUUUUGUGUCAAUAUGACAAAGCGUUCAGGCGUGACACUCAACAAUGUGUAUUUUCAUGUAAGGGGACAAGAAAAAAUUGACUUUUUUCUCCUGCCAUGGGGGGGCGCUCUUUUGGGGAGUAAAAAUUCCUUCACAAAUGUGUUGAUGGCUGGACAUUGCAUCAUCCUAGAAAACUUGGAGGGCAGUGAGGACAAAAAUAAAAAGUUAUAAGACUUUUAAGAAUGUGGAUUUUUGGGUUAUCUUUGGCGCCCCCUAGAACCUAAACCGUGGGGUGCAGCGUCAUGAUUUGUACAACUUUUAAUGGCCAUGGGGUGUAGACUGGCCUGAGCAAAUGUGGUGCCGGUGGAACGAAAGCCUUCGGAGGAGUUAGCGAAAUUCCAAUGUGUGCGGAUCGGCAAAAAAUGCGAAAUAACCCUUUAACCGUACAUUUGACAGAUACGCCCGCACUGACUUUUUUGUAGAUCUUAUUGAGAUACAUAUGUGUGUCAAUUUUUGUGUCAAUAUGACAAAACGUACAGACGUGACAGUCAAUAGUGUGAAUUUCCACCUUAGGGGGCGCUAUGGAGCCAUUUUGCAUUUUAUUGUUUGGGCGACUACAAAAUAUCGAAUUUUUCACCAGGCCCGGUCGUCCUGCCAAAUAUCAUGAGUUUUCGCCAGUGGGAAGUGGGCCAUUUUCCAGUUUAAAGCGGAGGAAAAAUAAUAAUAAUAAUAACAAAAGAAGAAUCCAUCAGGAACAAGAGGGCUCUCGCAGCUGCUUAGCAGCUACGCUCGGGCCCUAAAAACGUAACUGACUUAUCUUGGGAUAAAUAAAUACCACAACUCUUCAGGUCUACUUCAGUGCACACAGCCAUAUUCAUGGGGAAGACUGCUGACUUGACAGUUGUCUUGAGGAUGAUCGUCGACAUCCACCCCAGACAGUCAUUUCUGACAGGACAGGCUGUUAGCAGGGGGCUGUAUCAAACCAUAAUGAUGGCAAGUUGAUCGACAGGGAGAAGUUUGAUAAAUAAAAAGUGCAGAAGCAACAAGAACAACAAUACUGAAGAAGAGCCAGUUUUCUAAAGGAUCUUCACAAGGAGUGGACUGAGACUGGAGUUAUUGCAUCAAGAACCACUAAACACAGACUAUAAAGGAACUACAGCUGUCUCAUUCCUGAUAUUAAGCCACUCUUGAACCAGAGAGAACGUCAGAAGAGUCUCACCUGGGCUGAGGAGAAACUGAGCUGGUCUAGAGCUCAGAUUAGAGGCUAUUUUGCAUUUCAAUUAAGAAUCAAGUUCCCAGAGUCUGGAUGAAGCAGAAAGAGGCACAGAGUUAAAAGUGUUUGAAGUCCAGUGAAAAGUUUCCACAGUCUGUCUAAAGUCAACAGAGUAAUCCUAACCCUGGAGGCUUCAGUGCACCAUAUACUUCCAUCUGCUUACCAACUCCCCUGACCUGAACCUCAUAGAGAAUCUGUGAUUUAUAUUCAAGGGGAAGAUGAGUAAAAACAAAAAUACAGAUGAACUGCUAUUAGAGCGAACUGGACCUUUGUAACACACUGAUGCCUUAAUUUAAGUCAGUGGUUCUCAAGUCCAGUUCCAACACACCACUGAUUUAAGUAAAGGUGGCCCAACCAAGCCCUGAGUGUAGACAUGUUUUUAAGACGCUGGACAUUUCCUUAUUUUGAAUCUUUUUUUUUUAUUAUUUGAUCUUUUAAAUUUGAGGUUCAGGAUUUCUGGUUAUCAUGUUCUGUCAGCCAUGAUCGUUAUAUUUACAACAACAAACAACAAAGAGUGGAAUAUUACACUCCACUUGUUAUGAAUAUAUAUGUAAAAAUUUAUCCUUAAAAAUGAACUUUUUAAAGAUAGUCUUGUUUGUUCUGUUAUUUACAUGAAAGAUUGUCUUGACUUCAUGUUUCCAUCAAACUGCUCGAGUGUGCCUGUUUCACACAGAAUUUCAAACUAACCUAAAAAUAUCUUAUCCAGUAACUCAGUAAUGAUGCAAAAACACAAGUCGAUCGCUUUGACUCAACUCCUUCCCUCUCUGUGCCUCUUUGUGUGUUUUCUCUCUCAGCUGCGUAACGCCAUGGUGAACAGGAAGACGGGGACUUUCUCUAUGGAGGUGAAGAAGACAGUGGAUCGAGGGGUGAGGCUGCAGAUAAACUUGUUUUCUUAUCAGAUGAAGUCUCUUCUCUUAUUUUGCAUCGAGGCUACAGGAGGAAAUCAAAUCUUUUAUCGCUCUUUUUAGAGGCGUGUCCUGAAGAUGCACAACGACUAUUACUACACAGACAUCAAAGGGACUCCAUUCAGGUAAAGGGAAACGUAGAUGACUCCUCUUCCUGCUGUUGCUGUUAAAUGUUGACUGACGGGUCUCUCUCUCUCUCUCUCUCUCUCUCUCUCUCUCUCUCUCUCUCUCUCUCUCUCUCUCUCUCUCUCUCUCUCUCUCUCUCUGUCUCUGUCUCUGUCUCUCUCUCUCUCUCUCUCUCUCUCUCUCUCUCUCUCUCUGUCUCUCUCUCUCUCUCUCUCUCUCUCUCUCUCUCUCUCUCUCUCUCUCUCUCUCUCUCUCUCUCUGUCUCUCUCUCUCUCUCUCUGUCUCUCUCUCUCUCUCUCUCUCUCUCUCUCUCUCUCUCUCUCUCUCUCUCUCUCUCUCUCUCUCUCUCUCUCUCUCUCUCUCUCUCUCUCUCUUCAGUGUCGGCGUUGCUCUCUCCAGAGGUCAUGGAAAAUACUUCUUCAGAGGAAAUGUGUCACUUGAAGCGGGUAUGUCAGCUCUGACUCUGUCUUUUACUCCAUUAACAAAAGCCUGAACAGAGUGUGACGCUCGUCACUCUGACCUGCUUGUUUGGGAGGUCUUAUUGUAUCAGUCCUUCCGGGCUGGCACUGCUGAAGCGUUACUGACUUGUGUUUUUCAGGGCUCCGUGAUCUGGAACAGCCAGAUGUCGCCCUGGCAGAUGAAUGGUAACACUGGGGUUAUGGGAGCGGGCAUUCAUGCGUUAUGUAGGUUAUCCCUCUGUGUUGAUUUGGGAUGUUUGAGGCCUGUGAUGUAACAGUGGGGGGGCUCUGUUUGGACCACAGGACCUACUGCAACACAGAGGAGCAGCACGAGCAUCGACACCUGACCCAGAUUCAGGCCAUCAAGCUGUUCAUGACGGGCAAGAGACCCCACCUCAAGUGUAAGGCUCUUUUGAGACCAGACCCUUUUUAUAAUCCUCUGUGGACUCAUUUCUUUUAUUCGUGAUUAUUGUUCAUACAUCAGAAAACUAAAAAGGUCUGUUUUCUAAUCUUUUUUUGCAUCGAUGUGAAGGUGACAGAGAGCUGAUUCAGGAGGUGUUGUUUGACGCUGUGGUCACAGCUCCACUGGGGGCGUACUGGACUGGACUGGCUCUCAAUAAGUCAGAGUGAGAACUUUUAUAAUCAUUUUAUAUUUUCAUGUUAGGUCUACGACCCACAACUGAUUAAUUCUGGGUUUCUGUAAAGGUUUUCUAAUAACUAACUAAUUAGGGGUAACGCUUGUCAUCUUGUCAUCACCAAAGACUCUCACUGUUUUCUAAAAUUAAUAACAUGUCAGAAAAUCAUAAAUUACCUAAAGCAUUUAAUUCUGAACUAAUCCAAUCUACUUUUAUAUACUGCAUUAAUAAUAAAGGAAAGUUUACUUUUGUGCUUUACGUUAAAUUACUGUAGCAAAAGUAAAAUCACAAAAAUGAAGAAAGUAGGGGCGGGCAGAUGGUGAAGCAGGUUAGCGCGCCCCAUGUAAGGGGACCACGAUCCCUGCAGCACACGGUUGCAGGUUUGAGUCUGACCCCAACCAUGUGCUGCAUGUCCUCCCCCUUCUCUCUCUCUCUCAAUCUCCCCACAUUUCACCCUGUCCCGUCAAUAAAAGGUAAAAAUCACCCAAAAAAAUACUUUUAAAAGGAUGAGGAAAAUUAAAGACAUCAUUCUACUGCUGGAUUAAAAGCCAGAGACUUAAAAAUGAGUCAAAAUAAAUCACGUUUGUUUAUAAAAGCUUUUUAAACCUUUUUUUGGUGAAUCACCUUUUUCAAAUGCUUGGUUCACUUUUCUGUUAUUACAUCUUAAAGUAAUGUGAUUAAUAAUAAUAAUAAUAAUAAUAUUACAUUUAAUGUAUAAGCGCCUUUCUGGACACUCAAGGACGCUUUAAAGAGUAAAAACAGCAAGAUAAGAGCAAUAGAAAAAAAUGAAACGAAAUUGAAAGAAAGUAUAUACUGUAUAUGUAUUUGUAUAAAUAAAACAAACAAAAAAACGACAAGGUAAAUUAUAAGGACUGUGAUCGUAUACUGGACAUAAGUUGCUUCUUUAAUCUCUAUUUUACUUUUUUCAUUACAAGUUGCAGAUAAAUCCUUUUAUAAAACAGUGUCAGUGUAGAGGAAAUAUUCCAAAAUCUCACUCUGUGUAAAAAUGUAUUUCACAGUCCAGCUGCAGCUCAGAUGUGUCUUUAUCAAUCUAAAUGACCUAAAUCAAGAGUCUUUGUUCCACAGUUAGUCUUUGGUUUGAAAUCCUCCCUCUGUGCUCACACAGACACAGUUUUCUCUGGGCGCACUGAUGCAGAGAGGACAACACAAAGAGGGCGUUUAGUCCUUAAAAAGAGUUUAUUUGUCAAACUGCUGGAGCUUCACAUUAGCUUCAGUUUAACUUAAGAGUUUACUGAGUCACAAAAUGAGGACUGUGGAGUUCGGCCCCGAUCACUUAAAAAAGAAUCGUACAAGAGUUUUCAGUUUUUCGGUCUUGGUGCACUGUGGCUUUUGAACAUGCAAGAGGACGUGUGGGUACGAACUUAAAACAAUUAAAAUGUCUUUAAAUCUUAUUAAAUGAUCAUCUAAAUGUUUUAAACUUGACAGAGUUCUAAAGAAAAAACUGUAAACCAUGGCAUCCAUGUUUAAAAGUUUGUGUCGAGUUUAGUUUAGAUGUUACUUUUCUGAUAAUUUGUCAACACAUUGUUCGCUUCAUUAAUAAUUAUCUCCAUACAAAUAUCAGAUAUUAUGAUAAAUGCUGUGUGCCAAAAGUUCAGUCUUAUCUCAAAGCUGAUUGGCUGGAGAAAAUGUUUCAUCAUAAAGAUUACUGCAGUAAAAAAUGUUUAACGUUUAAGAAGAAAAAGCUUGGAAAUCAGAGCAACAUGACUUGUAUUGAGACGUUUUCCUCAGUAGAUCGUCUUUAAGCAGCAACAGAUCAGAGUUUCCUAAAUAACAACAAACUACAACAAAGUCUCAUUGCAUUUAAAGUGUUUCUUAUUUCCUACGAGAAAAAAAAUCACAUUUCAAAGAUGCUUUGUGUUAUUAUUCUUGGACAACAGCGAUGAGAGUCCACCUCUCAGGGUGUAAAAAUGUGUCAAUUUUGUUUUCACCGACAGAAACUCAGACAAAGGAGUGGAGAUAGCUUUCUUGGGAACACGCACCGGCCUGUCGAGAACCAACUUAUUUGUCCCCGCCGAUCAGCUCUCCAAUAAGUGAGUGACUCCGCUCAACAUUUCCCUAAUCAUUCCUUACAGCGCGAGGCGAGGCCGGGAUCAUGCUUGAUGAAUCCGAUCCUCCUCUGCUCGUCUCAGCUUCACUCUGUGUGUCUCUGCGUCCUCAGAGAUUUCCUGACAGCCGAGGACAAGGAGGGUGUGUUUAAUGCUGAUCACUUCCCUCUGUGGUACAAGAGAGCGGCGGAGCAGGUCCCCGGCACAUUCAUCUACUCCAUCCCCUUCAGCACAGGUACCCGGGACAAAAUCUGAAAGUACAAACAAGAUCUCAAGAGUGCAGAACAGAAUGAAAGUUAUCUGUGGAUACUGAAGUAAACGCCUGAUACAGAUCGAUAUACUUUGAAUUAGUAGGUUCACUCUUAUUCAAAGUACUUCAGGAUUUCAUGUAGGUGCUGUCGUCACUCAGCAUCUGAAUUAUUCCAUUUCCACAGCCCUGGCUCUGUUAUGGAUUGUGGUUUUUACAGGUUUUCACUGAUAAUACGUUACAGCACAGCUCACCUCCUUUAUAGGUGUUAUCUUGUAAAUGUGGCUAAUGUUCUGUCUGCCAGCCACAGGAUGGUGAAUUCAGCUUGACUCUGCAGAACAUUCACCACCUUUCUCUGUUAAUGAAGACCGCACCCACUCAGGCUUAACGAUCCUAACCCACCAAUGCCCCCAUCACAGCACCCAUAUCAGGAUUAUUAGACUCAUCUGGCUGUAGGAAAAAAAAAGGUCUGACUGGACUGCAUUACUGUAAAAGAAAUGAAGUGGUACUGCGGCGUCUUCUGUGCCUGCCAGCCGAGGCUGCUGAGUGAAGAGCACCAUCUAGUGGCAGAAAUCUGUACUCUGAACAAAUGACCUGAAGUUUUUUCUCUCUUUUCUGUUUCUAGCUUUGGAAAAUAAGAGCGUGGUUUUAGCCAGCACUGCAAUUCAGCUUCUUGAUGACAGGAAGUCUCCGAUUGUUGCAGGUAGUAAAGACUUUUAUUUAUAUUGAAGUUCGUUUGUUGAUGUGGUGCAGUUAUUUUAGGUCAAGUCAAAGUUUAUUUCUUAAGAACAUAUAAAAACAAUCUCAGCUGACCAAAGUGCUGUACAGGAGUGUAAUUUAAUCAUGAAUACACUUUCUUAAAUGGAAUAAAAACAAACACAAUAUAAAAAAAACAAGUAUAUAAAAAUAGAAUAAAAUAAGAUGAAAAACAAAAAAAAGUAGAAGAUAAGAAAUGAAAGAUAAAAGGAAAAAAGCCGAGGUGACUCGUCCAGCUGGGACUGAAAGCCAAAAUUAUCUCUUUGAAUGUUGUUUGAAAUAACUUAUUAAAGAUUAAAGUUCAGGGGUGACCGGGCUUUAAUCCGUUGCUGUGCCUAAACUCUUGAAUGAUCUUCCCCGUCAUGUCCGACUGUCCCCCUCACUGCCUGUUUUUAAAUCAAAUUAGAAAACGCACUUUUACUCUUUGGCUUUUUAACUCUUGAGAACUUUUAAUCAUGUUUUUACUGAACCAUCGAUGUCCUCCUGUUUUUAAUGUGAUCCUGUGUCUUUGUUUUAUUGUUCAUGUCAAUUGUCUGUUUUUAUUGUUCUUAAUUUUACUGUACAGCACUUUGGUCAGUGUGUUGUUGUUUUUAAAUGUGCUUGAUAAAUAAACCUGGACUGGAUUGGAUUGGAACUUAUAUUUAACUUUUCUCUGCUUUGUUGUCCUUGAUUUAAGCCUUUUUUUCCUCGAGUUAUCUAAAUUUUUGUAUGAAGUUUGUAAAAUAGAAAGUGGUGAAAAACUGAAGUUAUCUCAUCUGUACCAGUAAGAGAUAGAAGUCUUUGGGUAGAUAAAAAAUCCUUGUAAAAAUCGAGGCCUGAGUCCUGGUUUUCUGCUGAAAAUGCAAAGUGAAACUAACACGGUGAAUCCUAAUAAAGUGUGACACAUGCUGUGUGUUUGAAACUAACCUGCCUUGCUUCAUAAAUCUAAACAUAUUUGGCCUGUUCAGCUGAUCCUGAAUCCGGUGUGUCAUGUGCUUUGUUUUUGUGCUCAGCUGUGGGGAUCCAGAUGAAACUGGAGUUUUUUCAGAGGAAGUUCUGGACCGCCUGCAGACAGGUAACUAACCACACAUUCAGGACUGCAGGAUCAGCUUCCUACUCUGGUGUGAAACUAAACUACUAAUGUUUGAUGUUCAGUGCACAGCUCUGGAUGGAAAGUGCAGCAUCAGCUGUGAUAAUGACGUAAGAAGACCCUCUUAAGUCUGUCUUCUAAACUUUGCCUCCAUCAUUUGUUGUUAAUUUGGAUAUUUAUUUUCUUCUCUCUGUCAGGACAUUAACUGUUAUCUCAUUGACAACAACGGCUUCAUUCUGGUCACAGAGGAGCAUUCUCAGGUAAUGUGUGAUUCAGUCUGUAUUUUAUAGCUUCAGAGCAGAAGUGAAGGGAUGUUUAAAUAUGACAGUGGAGAUCUUCAUACAUCAUUUGCAUCAGGUUUACCUUAACCCCCAAAAAUGUCAGUUUAUAAAAUAGGCAGACAAAUAUCAAAUAACUUCUCCAAGACGACUUCUUACUCCACGACCAACACAGUGAAUAAUUUAAUUAUAAAUGUUGUUCAUUGUACUAAACUUAAUAAUGAGCUGCAGGCUGUAUCUGUCACUACAAAACAUUUCAAUAAUAUGUUUCUAAGAGUGAACAAAGUUAGAGGAGAAAACUUCUCUGAUGGUUUGCUCCUGUUAUUUCGUCCACUCGUCUUGUCUGGUCUGUGACGUACUUUCUCUCUCAGACAGGGCUCUUCUUCGGAGAGGUAGAAGGUGCUGUAAUGAGCAAACUCCUCCAAAUGGGCUCCUUCAAAAGGUCAAUAACAUGAUAGAAUAUUUCACAGCACACACUAAACUUGACCUCAAAAGCACAUUGUCAUGUUGGGUGUUAUUCUAAACUCCUUGCCGCUCUGUUUGUGUUGCAGGAUCACGCUGUAUGAUUAUCAGGCCCUGUGCAAAGAGUACGCAGGGAGCAGCGACAGCGCACGCACUUUAUCGGAUGUAAGUGUUUGAGAUAAAAAUCAGACAGUGGGUUUAAAGUUGCAGACAUUCUCGAGUAUUUAGAGUGACUCACACAGCGCUGUGGAAACAUGAGCGAAGAAAAAAGAAACCCUUAAAUUAACUCUGACACUGAGACAGUGUUAACCAUGACUUCAGUUCUGCUCUCUGAUUCUCAUGUGAAAUGUUUUUUUCUCUCCUCACAGCCCUUCUCUGUCGUGAAGUGGCUCCUGACUGAACUUAUUAUGUAAGAGCAACAACAGAUUCAAUCAAUUUAUUCAUGUGGGUCUUUAAUAAAUCUAAAGUUACUCAGAAAUGUGGCAGUAAGUUAAUUUAUUAGUUUGGUAAUGGGGACGUUUUUAUGAAUGAUUUAUAAUUUGAUUCAUGAUAAUAUUUUCUCUAAACAGUCACUGUUUUUUUUUAACACGACGUUUGUGUUUUUCUUCCAAGUUUCCUCCUAGAGUUUAACCUCUACAGCUGGUGGAAUGUGGACCUCUCAGUGAAAGGUAACUUUAAUCGCUGCAGUCUCAGACGGUGUCUGUGUGUAAGAGAGUCAGAGAAGUAAAAGUGUGAGAAGCAUGAGAAUGAAGGCUUGAAACUUUCUCUGUCGCUCUGUGGUUACAUGAAUAUUUGUGGUUCAGCUUUACUUCCCCUUAUGUCACAUUCAGCUCAGAGACCCCGGGGUAAAACCAUGAUGGUACCCUGUGACACAGAGUACCCUGCAUUUGUCUCUGAACGCACCAUCAAGGAAACAACAGGAAACAUCGACUGUGACGGCUGUACCAGGUACAACGUGAUGCCAAAGAACCGGCAAAUACCCGACGUCUUUGACAACGACAUCUGUAAAACAACAACCUUUAACACAAGUGUGUGUGUGUGUGUGUGUGUGUGUGUGUGUGUGUGUGUGUGUGUGUGUGUGUGUGUGUGUGUGUGUGUGUGUGUGUGUGUGUGUGUGUGUGUGUGUGUGUGUGUGUGUGUGUGCAGAUCAUUUGUCAUACAGCAGAUCCCCAGCAGUAACCUCUUUAUGGUCGUUGUGGAUAAUAAGUGUGACUGCAGCAGCGCUCCUGCAGUAACCAUGGACCCGAUCGAGAUCAUGUAUAUCCUUCCUGCUCUGGUGUCUGAAGUGUAUAAAAGUUUUCUGCAUUUGCAUCGUAGCUCAUGAAGUAAGGGUCUGAACAUAGGGGAGAGUGGGGCUUGGAGCCCUGUUGCCUGGAAAUGGUCAAAGAAAUUGAUCAUGUGACCAAAUAUUUAGGAGGUGGGCAUCAAUUCAUGGAGUCUGUGAAGGUUAGAAGAACAUGGGUGAAGGGGUUAGAUAUUUAUUUACAAAAAAAAAAACCUUUUUCACUCUUGAAAGUGAAUUUAGUCUGUCAUAAGUUUUAUUAGAAAUGUGUUCAGACCAAAAAAUAUCAUUUUAAAUUUGUUAAUUCAUCAAUUGUGGUAUCUAUGAGCUACAACAUGAGGUCAAAAACCUAGGGAGGGAUACGGCUCAACUUACCCUGUUCUUAUGAUCAACUGAACCCAUACACGGGGUAAGAUGACCAUAGGAGACCACUUUUUUUUGGCAUGCUAUAUUUUAAAGACACUUAUGUUUCCACUCACUUACACUGAUAUAUAUGCAGAUACACUAGUUAGAGACAAAACUAUGAUUGUCUUGAUGUAGUGAUCCAAAUUUUUUAAGAAUGUCUCAUCUUAGCCCACUCUCCCCUACUAAUUUCCUGUAUUUUUAUGCUCAUGUAAAUUCUUCUGUAGACUGUAAGCCAUGAUCAAACUUUGAGUCCUUUAUAUCCUUGACAUCUUUGAACACAACGAGUCACUAAAAUGUGACAGACUGAAGUUUCAGAAGGACAGAAAAAAACCUGAAUCAUGUCACCCUUUCCAUCCUGAGGUAUGUGAGUGCAUGUUUCUUUACAUCUGCUCUGAGUGUAAGUACAGAGACAAACUGUCUUUAGUGUUUUCUGACUUGAUCAAUCAGCUCAUUGGCUGCAUAAAAGUACGUCCUCGUCCUUCUGUCGAACACAAGUAGAGCUCAUGUUACAUAAGGCUGUGUUUUCUGCAGGAAAAUGCCAUGGAGUGUGGUUCAGCAACACGCCUCUCCAGUUGUCUAGCAGCAGUUUUGCUGCCUCUCAUGGCAGCAACCAUCAGCAGGUGACCAUAAGCAGCAGGACUGGACGUCAGUAAGGACUAACUCAACCUGAAGAUGCUUCCUAACACAUAGAGAACAUGGCCAAUCAGAAAUGAAUUUGCUCAUACUACUGCUACAGGCAGCGCUCUACUUAAUAAAAACUCUUUAACAGUAGCUCUGAGGCUCACGUUCAUUAAUGCAGAACACAUAAAUGAUGUGAAGCAGCAGAAGUUAAGAGUGUAAUGGGAUUGCUUGGUGACCCCUGAGAGCGCCGCAGACAGAACACCAACUUUUCUAUUACAUCCCAAGAUUAAAAAGGAGAAAUACUGUCAGCAGCUUGCCGUAGGAGUACAGGCAUUUCUUGCCAAAGCAUAAAAAAAAUUCCUUUGUAUGAGGAAAGAUAGCCAGACAUCUAACAUGUUUAUUCUUUGGUGUUUUGCAGAAAAGUGAUGGUUUGUGUAAGUCCGCAGAAUGUAAGAUGCACUUUUGCCAUAUGUGAAAAAAAAAAAGCAGACGUUUAAUAGUUGCUAAAAAGGUGAACAAUGCUGUCAGAGUUUUCUGUAUUCAUAAUUUCAAAGUUUAUUUUUUGUAAGUCAUUACUUUAUAAUGCCAGUAAAAACAUCAUAUAAAGUAUCUGUGAGAAGACUGAAACUUUAAACUUGCUUUGCUAUUUUCCUCCGUGUUUGAAAGCAGAAGAGGUUUCAGAAAAGAGAAAGAUGCAUGACGAAGAGGAUAACAGAAUGUCACAUAGAUAUCUCCUGCCGUUAUUUGUGAGGUGAACACAUCCUCCCACCACCUUUGAGAAA